ACCAACAGGUUGGUUGCACGUACGAGUUAUCUGCGUCGCUACCACGUAUCGUUUUUCGAGUGUCCGUUUGCUCCACCUUUGGAGUGUUGUAGGUGCAGUGUUGUGACAGUGUGUUUUUAGGCAUACAAUCGGAUAGUGUAUCUCUAUAAAGUAACAUUGUCGUUAGUGUGCGGCUUGUUCCACGGAGUUCUUAACGGCUGUUCGCCUAGCGAGGGAAGGUGGAUUGCUUGCACCGGGAGGAAUGAGCCCCAUACAUUACUGCUCCCGCACUCACCGAUGAUCUCAAGGGACAAUGUAUAUAGAAACCCUACCGCUCGUGGUUUGGACGCUCCUACUAACAACGACACAUGUAGCGACGCAAAACCAGUAUGGAAUAGGCUUAGGAAUAAAACGAGAAGUAUUUUUCUUAAAUUUAGAAGACGGCUACUUUGGUUGCCAAGUAAACGAAUCGACACAAAUAUUACAAUUAUAUGAAUUAUCAAAAUUAUGCGACGGUGUGCCAGAUUGUUAUAAGGCAUCCGACGAACUUAGAACAGAAUUAAAAUGCUCAGAUGAUUGUACCAAAGACGACGGAGCGCGCUGUAUAAACGGUGCCUGCCUAAAUGGUGUUUGCCACUGUAACGAUGGGUUCGGCGGAUGUAACUGCCAAGAACUUGACGUAAACGAAUGCAAAGACAGGCCGUGUGAUGUUUUCGCUCACUGUACAAACACCGUUGGUAGUUUUCAAUGUUCCUGCUUCCCGGGUUAUAUUGGCGAUGGUUUCACAUGUAAAGAUAUUAAUGAAUGUGAAGAUCCCGCAAUCUCUGCGCGAUGUGUAAAAAAUGCUGAAUGCUGUAACCUACCUGCUCAUUUUAUUUGCAAGUGUAAUCGAGGUUUUGAAGGGGACGGAGAGGAAGAAUGUCGAGAUAUCGACGAGUGUCAGCGACCCGGAGCUUGCGGUGUUAAUGCGAUUUGUCAAAACUAUCCAGGAAACUAUACCUGCGCAUGUAAAGCAGGGUAUACAGGAAAUCCUUUCGAUGGAUGCGUGGACGUGGAUGAAUGUGGCAACAUCGGCGCAUGCGGCGAUGGUGCAAUAUGCCGCAAUGUGGAUGGCGGCUACGAGUGCAGCUGUCCACCUGGUCGUGAGGGUGAUCCACGAAUUUCCUGUCUCGAUCAUGAUCAAUGUGCACGAAAUCCUUGCGGUCGAGACGCGCUCUGCGAGAACUUGCCUGGCGCUCAUCGCUGCUCCUGCCCACCAGGUUUUGAAGGAAACCCUGACGUACAGUGUACCGACGUAGACGAAUGUAAGAGUAGCAAGCCCGUAUGCGGCGAACACGCCGUGUGCACCAAUACUGUCGGCAGCUUCGUGUGCACAUGCAAACACGAGUACACAGGAGAUGCACGUGUAGCCGGUGGUUGCCAUGACGUUAAUGAGUGUGAAACUUUGGAACAUCCUUGUGGCUUGCACGCGAUAUGUGAGAACACCAAUCCAGGAUAUAAUUGUCUCUGCCCCCAAGGAUUUAGAGCAAAACCGGAUCCUCAAAUUGCAUGCGAACAGGUGGACGUGAAUACCUUGUGUAAAUCAAAUUUUGACUGCACCAAUAAUGCAGAAUGUAUAGAAAAUCAAUGUUUUUGUAAAGAUGGUUUUGAUGCCAAAGGAUCAGUUUGUGUCGACAUCAACGAAUGCAAUAAUAAUACUAAAUGUGGAGGAAAUGCAAUAUGCAUUAAUACAUUGGGAAGUUAUAAAUGUGAAUGUAAUGUUGGUUUCAUCGGUUCUCCACCUACAGUCACUUGUCGGGCACCCUGCGAUGAUGUCCAAUGUGGAGAACAUUCUUAUUGCAAGCCAGAUGGUUCUGAAGCCUUUUGUGUAUGCGAAGAAGGCUGGACAUUUGACCCUAACGAUAUAGCUGCUGGUUGUAUAGAUAUUAAUGAAUGCGAUACUUCUCUUGGAUUGGCAGGACGAUGUGGAGUUAAUGCCCAAUGUUCCAAUACCUUAGGAAAUUUCAUUUGCACCUGCCCAGAAGGUUAUACUGGUGAUGCAUAUAAAGAAUGUUUAGAUGUAAACGAGUGUUUAUCAGAAAAUAUAUGUGGUGUAGGAGCAAAUUGUAUUAAUCAUGAAGGCUCUUUCUCGUGUGACUGCCCUGAAGGCACCAUAGCAGAUCCCGAACCCACUGUAAGAUGUUCGGAAAUUCUCACCUGUAUGUCAGAUAAAGAUUGUCCUGGGAAUGCUAUUUGUGACUCAAAAAAGAAAUGCUUAUGUCCAGAACCAAAUAUCGGAAAUGAAUGUAGACAUCCAUGUGAAACUGUCCAGUGCGGAAGUAAUUCAGAAUGUCUCCUGAGCAAUUAUGAAGCUCAAUGUUCAUGUCAGACUGGAUUUACAGGAAAUCCUUUAUCACCUAUUGGUUGUCAAGAUAUUAAUGAAUGUGAAGUUAGCCCCUGUGCAAUAGGAGCAGUGUGCAUAAAUUUUCCGGGUCAUUUUCAAUGCGAGUGUCCAGGUAAUUUUAGUGGAGACCCUUAUUUGAACGGAUGUAUUGUUAACAAGAUACCUAGCAAAUGUAGUCAUGUAAAUCCAUGUCCACCCGGCGAACAAUGCAUUAUGCAUGAGGGAGAAAACGUUUGCAUAUGUACUCAAGGAUUUUCUCGUAAUACAGAAACAGGAGAAUGUGAAGAUAUUAACGAGUGCACGCAACUUGGAAGAACGCCAUGUGGCUUAAAUGCUAUGUGUAAAAAUUUGCCAGGUAGCUACGAAUGUAAAUGUCCUUCUGAAUAUAGUGGAAAUCCAUACAAACUUUGUGAAAUUUGUGAUGACAUCAGUUGUCAAUGUCAACCCCCUUACCAAAUUGUGGAUGGAAAAUGUGUAUUAUCUGGUUGUUCAAGUGAUAAAAAAUGCGGCAAAGGAGCUGAAUGUAUCAUCAUUGCUGACGGAGUUAGUUACUGUGCUUGUCCCGCUGGAUAUUCUCAAAGUGUUGAUGGUACAUGCGAAGAUAUUAAUGAAUGCACUUUUGGCCAACCGGUGUGUGGGUUUGGGGCAGAAUGUAUUAACACAGUUGGAUCUUAUUUAUGUAAAUGCCCACCAGGUUAUGGUAAAGAUUCAAUAUCAGGCCACUGCAGUCUAAACCAGAAACGAUGUAUUAGCGACACAGAUUGUUUUGCUAAUGAAAAAUGUAUUCAACCAGGAAACUGUAUUUGUCCACCUCCAUUUUAUUUGGAUGUAACAGAUGGGCAAAAAUGUAAAAGCCCGUGUGAAAGAUUCGUUUGUGGGAUUAAUGCCAAAUGUACUCCUAGCGAUCCCCCAAAAUGCAUGUGUAUGUCUGGGUUCGAAGGUGAUCCCUAUACUGGUUGCACGAAUAGAAAUGAGUGUGACAGUGCCCCUUGUGCAUACGGUGCUAUUUGUCACGAUGAAAAAGGUGGAUACAAAUGUAGUUGUCCACAAAAUAUGGCAGGAGAUCCGUAUAAAUUGGGAUGUAAUGAAGAACAAGGUACUUUACCGAGACAAUUGUGUAGUAAAAAUAGUCAGUGUGCUAACAAUCUGGCGUGUUUGAAUCGCACUUGUGUAUCUCCUUGCAAAACUGUGUCUUGUGGUCCCAAUGCUUUUUGCGAAGUUGAAAAUCAUGCAGCUUGGUGUCGUUGCAAUCCUGGAUACACAAAGCCCGAAGGUGGUAAAUGUAUAUCCGGUUGUGAUCACUAUUCCUGCGCUCCUGCUGCACAAUGUAUUAUAUCGAAGUCAGGACCGACUUGCGUUUGUCCUGAAGGCAUGGUGGGAAACCCCUUUCCUGGUGGAACUUGUAGAAGAGACAUUUGCGGACCGGGAGUUCCUUGCGAAGAACCGUUGACUUGUGUAGCCGGACGAUGUAGACAGCGUUGCGAAACCAUUGUAUGUGGAAUAGGUGCAUCAUGUGACGAGAAUAGUGGUCGAUGUGUCUGUAACACAUUUUUUGUAGGAAAUCCAGAAUUAUUAUGUAUGCCACCUGUCGCUCCACCUAAUUGUGAACCACAUUGCGGGGAAAAUGCACAUUGUGUUUAUGGUCAAACAAAUAUAUGUAAAUGUGACAAAGGUUACACAGGAAAUCCUUAUCAUAAAUGCAUUUCACGUAAACAUAUAACUUGUGCUACUACCUCUUGUGGAACAAAUGCAGUUUGUCAGCAAACUAAAUCACACGUCGAAUGCUUAUGUCCUCCUGGUUAUGUCGGUAAUCCAAAUUUACAGUGUAUUGAUAUUGACGAGUGCAGGUCAAGACCUUGCGCUGAAAAUGCUAUUUGCAUUAAUACUCCGGGAAGCUAUAGCUGCAUUUGUAAAAGUAAAUAUGUUGGUAAUCCAUAUGAAUUAUGCACGCUGCUUUCAAUUUCUAAAUGUGUAGAUGGGUCUGCUUGUUUGUGUUCUAAAAAUACAACAUGCCCCGAAGGUUAUAUUUGUGAAAAUUCUAAGUGCAUUGAUGCAUGUCAUUCCAUAAUAUGUGGACCUAAGUCAAUUUGUGAAGAAGGAAGAUGCGUUUGUGUAACAGGUUACAUUGGUAAUCCAAAUGAUCUCAUGGAAGGAUGUAGGCCUGAUAACAAAUGUAUAAUUGAUAAUGAUUGUAAAGAUUCUGAAAUUUGUUUUCAAAUGGGAAAGAACAUUCGUAAAUGCGUAGAUUCAUGUAGUAAAAUUCAAUGUGGACCAAAUUCUUUAUGUGUCAGUGCUAACCAUCAAGCUCAUUGUAUUUGUGCAGAAGGAUAUAUUGGAAAACCGAGUGACAUAAAAUCAGGUUGUCAUUUAGAACAGAGAGAACCUGAUGAAGGAGAAUGUAAUACUAAUAGUGAUUGUACAAGUCCGCUAAUUUGUGUUUCUGUGGAUGGAACUACUAACAAAUGCGUCGACUUAUGUUCUACAAUAGCUUGCAGUGCAAAUGAAAUUUGUAAAAUAAUAAAUUUUACAGCACGGUGUGAAUGUAAGGAAGGAUUUCUUUGGGAUCCUGUUAAUUCUAUGUGUGAACAACCAACAACACCUAAUUGUAAAUCAGACUUUGAUUGUGAUGACAAUAAGUCAUGCCAAAAAGACGUACUGGGUGUCAAUAAAUGCAUAGAUAACUGCUUAGUAUUUACUUGCCCACAAAAUUCUAAGUGUGUAACAAUGAAACAUAAAAGUCAAUGCCAAUGUUUAACAGGUUUUGUAGGCAAUCCCAAUGAUCGUGACGGUUGUUUACCAUUUGAUAAAAAUGAAUGCUUAAAUGAUGCUCAGUGCAAAGAAAACGAAAUAUGUAAGAGUGUAGGAAAUCUAAAGAAAUGUAUACCUGCUUGCCAACAAAAGUUGUGUGGACCAAAUGCUGUAUGCAUUACCAAUAAUCAUGUUGCAAAAUGUCAAUGUCCUUUAGGACCAUUUACAGGUGAUCCUGAUAAUUUAGACGUGGGAUGUCAAUCAGUCCCUUGUGUGUACAAUAUUGAUUGUUUAGAUCAUGAGCUAUGUAACCGUAUGACGCACCAAUGCAUAAAUGUAUGUAACGAAGAUAGUUGUGGAGAAAAUGCAGUAUGUAUAGCAAGUGGCCAUAAAUUAAAAUGUCAAUGUUUAGCUGGAUAUCUACCAGAUCCCCUACCAGAAAUUAGUUGCAGAAAACUGGAAUUGUGUAACCCAAAUCCUUGUCAUCCCUCUGCUCUAUGUGAACCACUGUUUUCAACGUAUGUUUGCAAUUGUCCUGUCGGUUAUGAAGGUGAUCCAAUAAAAGAAGGAUGUAGAAAACAGGGUGAUUGUCCAAGAGGUGAUGAUGAUUGCUCAAGAGAAUCUACUUGCGUUGAAGGGCGAUGCAUCAAUCCAUGUGAAGGAGCUUGUGGUAUCAAUUCUCUUUGUAAAAUUGUUGAAAGAAAAGCCAUUUGCUUGUGUCCAGAUGGUUAUGAAAAUUCACAAGACGGAAAAUCGUGCAAAAAAAAAGUAGUGGCAUGUAUUAAUGAAUUGGAUUGUGACGGUGAUGUUUGCCAUAAUGGUCAAUGCUUUUCAGCUUGUAAAAAUUCUAGUCAUUGUGAUCCAGGAGACAUAUGUGAUAAAAAUUAUUGUAUAACCAAAUGCAGUGCACAUUCGCAAUGUGGAAUAGGGCAGGUAUGCGCUGAUGGUAAAUGUUUAAUUGGUUGUAGAAAUAACAAAGAUUGUUCGAAUGAAGAGUCGUGUAUAAAUAAUAAGUGUAUAAAUCCAUGUCAAGCUGCACGAGCCUGUGGACCGAAUGCUAUUUGUACGAGAAUAAAUCAUAGUACAAGAUGUGAAUGCCCUGUAGGAUUUGAAGGAUCACCAACGCCUCAACAAGGAUGCGUACGUAAACCAUCACCAUGUGUACGAACGUCACAAUGUCCUCCUGAUCAUAUGUGUAUAGGUUUCCUCUGUCAGGUUCCCUGUCAGAGUAAUUCAAACUGUGCCAUUGGAGAAAAAUGUCACGAUAACAAAUGUCAUAAAGUAUGCCAUAGUAGCAGCAACUGCUUACACGGAGAACAUUGUAGUGCUGGAAUAUGCAUUCCUGGAUGCAAAAGUAAUUCGGACUGUCUGGAUAAACAAGUUUGUAUAUCUGAAGAGUGUAAAUGUGACAAAGGAUUUGAACUUGUAAAUGGUGAAUGCAUAAACGUGGAUGAAUGUGUUAACAAUCCAUGUCAUCCAUCAGCUCAGUGUAUAGAUUCUGCAGGCUCCUAUAAAUGCGUUUGUCCUACCGGAGCAAUUGGUGAUCCCUAUAAAACAGGAUGCUUGUUACCUAAUCAAUGUAGACAAGACAGUCAAUGUGAGGAUUCUCUUGCUUGCAUUAAAGGAAAAUGUUCAAAUCCUUGUCAAGAUAACGUAUGUGGUUAUAAAGCUAUUUGUAAAGUCAAUAAACAUAGAACAACUUGUGCUUGUGAAAAGGGACACCUUGGAAAUCCAUUCGAUAAAAAUAUUGGAUGUUUUAAAGUUGAAUGCUUGGAAGAUUCAGACUGUUCUCAAGAAAAAUACUGCAAUUUAAAGAGCAAUAAGUGUUCUGAUAAAUGCGAGGAUGCUAUGUGCCAGGGCGGGAACUGUAAAAUUGAAAACCAUAAAGUUAACUGUGUUUGUGGGACAGGAUUUGUACUAGUAGGAAAUACUUGUGAAGACAUAAAUGAGUGCCUUAAAAAUCCGUGUCCUCUGAAUGCAGUUUGUGAAAACACGAAGGGAACGUUUAUCUGUAGUUGUGUCAACGGUACUAUACUGGAGAUAGAAAGUGGCAAUUGUAGAAUCCCAGGUGAAUGUUCUAAUGAUAACGAUUGCUCUUAUGAAACAAAAUGUUAUGACAAUAAUUGCAUCAAUCCAUGUGAUAAGUUAACCUGCGGUGUAAAUGCUGUUUGCAAUGUAUUGAAACAUGAUCCAGUAUGUGAAUGUAAACCAGAUAGUCAAGGCGACCCCUAUAAAGAAUGUUUCAAGCCCGAGUGUCUUAAAGAUUCCGAUUGUUCGUACGAAGAAGCAUGUACUAAUAAUAUUUGUCAAAACUCAUGUAGCAUACCACGUGCUUGCGGUAAAAACACCAAUUGCUUGUCAAGAAACCACAUAGGUCACUGUUCUUGUAUGUCAGGUUAUACUGGUGAUCCUGUUCUUGGUUGCGUACCUAUUCAAUAUUGUUCGGACGAUAGUCGAUGCUCUUCGGGCACUAAAUGCCUUGACAAUUUAUGUGUUGGUGUAUGUCAAAACUCAAGGGAUUGUUUCGAUGAUCAUACUUGUAUUCAUGGAGCAUGUAGACUGACGUGUAUUUCAAAUAAUUCAUGUCCUGAUUCUUAUUUUUGUGUUAAUCGAAUCUGCACUAAAGAUAUUAAAUGUAAUUCUGAUAGUGAUUGCUCUGAUGACGAACAAUGCGAACAAUCUAAUAAUGGCAUUCCAAAAUGCGUCAAAUUAUGUGAAAGCCAGCCUUGUGGUAGAAAUGCUUUAUGUACAGGUAUAACUCAUAGACCUGUAUGUACAUGUCAAGAGGGCUUUUUGGGAGAUCCAGUAAAAGGAUGUGAUAAAAAAGAAUGUGACAGUGAUAAAGACUGCAGUGAAGAUAAAUAUUGUGAAAAUAAUAUGUGUAAAGUAGCAUGUUUAGCUUUUAACGAUUGCGGUGAAAAUUCAAUUUGUGCUUCCGAAAAUCAUAAACAUAUAUGCUAUUGUCAAUCUGGAUUUACUGGUGAUCCGGUUAAGGGAUGUACUGAAAUUAAUUGGUGCGAAACAAAACCGUGUGGUAAUGGAGCUGAAUGUAUUAGUACACGAAAUAGUGCAAAAUGUGUCUGUCCAGAAGGAACUGUUGGAAAUCCACACGAAGAAGGCUGCCGUAAAGCUUCAGAAUGCCGAUUCAAUAGAGAUUGUCCUGCGGCUGCACGUUGCACCGUUAUCGAUGGUGUUAGAAAAUGCACCGAUGCUUGCGAUAAUAUUAAAUGUGGAAACAAUGCUGAAUGUAUUGCCGCUAGACAUUCAGGUCAAUGCAAAUGCAAAGAGGGAUACAUAGGAAAUAGCGCCAUUGGAAAAGGCUGUCAUCUUCGUGAAAUAACGUGUAAAAAUAAAACUGACUGCUCUGAUGAACAAUAUUGUCACAAAGGAAUAUGCCAAGGUCUAUGUAUAAUUGAUGAAGAAUGUGAUUCAAGUGAAAAAUGUUAUAACGGCCAAUGUUUAAAUCCUUGUCAAAUGGAAAAGACUUGCGGUAUGAAUGCUAUUUGUCGUACCGAAAAUCAUGUCGUACAGUGCAAUUGCCCUAACAGUUUUACUGGGAACCAAGACGUCGAAUGUGUGAGGAUUCCAAGGCUAUGUGGUCUGGCAGGAGAAUGUGAAGACGGCUACGUUUGCAAAGAUUCUGCUUGCGUUCCUCGGUGUAAUCAAAACGAAGAAUGUGCACUUAACGAAAGAUGCUCUCAAGGAAAUUGUUUGUUAACAUGUCGUGUCGAUAACGAUUGCUUUCUCGGCCAUAUAUGUUUAUCGAACAGCUGUCGAUAUGGAUGUAGACAGGAUGAUGACUGUAGGCAAGAUGAAGUGUGCAAAAAUAAUUAUUGUAAAAACCCUUGCGCUAAUGAUAUUGAUCCUUGUGGCCCGAAUGCAUAUUGUUCAGUCAUUGAUCGAAAAGCUAUAUGCUCAUGCUCAGAAGGCCUAAUACCAAAUCCAACGCCCAAUAUUGGCUGUGUUCGUACUCCAUCUCUUUUAUGUGAAAUACAUACUGACUGUGAAGAAGGUUGGAGGUGUGAAGAUCAUAGAUGUCGACCAGCCUGUACAUUAGAUGGAUCAGAAUGCUUAGAAGGAGAAAGGUGCAACUCAGGCGUGUGUCGAUACGCUUGCACUUCAGAUGCACACUGUUCUGAUGAUGAGAUUUGUGAUGGACGAGUUUGCGUAACUGGCUGUAGAUCUAACUUACACUGUCCCAGUAAUCUUGCUUGCAUAUCAGGACAGUGCUUAGAUCCAUGCACAGAGCCAGGCAGUUGUGGAGCCAAUGCUCUUUGCAUAACUAAAGAUCAUCUCCCCAUAUGCACUUGUCCGCAAUACUUAGACGGUGAUCCGAAAAUGGUUUGUAAACGAGUAACAACUGCUUGUGAUAUUAAUAAAAACUGCCCUGAUGGAUUUAAUUGUUAUGGUGAUGCAUGUUAUCCAUCGUGUAGAAGAGACAAUAUCUGCUUGUCGAAUGAAAAAUGUAUUCGAGGAAUAUGUCGACUAAUUUGCAACAGUGAUGAUGGGUGCAGCGCAGGACACAUUUGUGAAAACAGAAUUUGUAAGCAAGGCUGCCGCGAUGAUAAUGCAUGUGAUAAUAACGAAGCAUGUCUAAAAGGACAAUGUAAAGAUCCUUGCGUUAACAACGCAGCUUGUGGUAUUUGUUCAGAGUGUAAAGUAGUAAAUCAUCGAACAAUAUGCAGUUGUUCAAAUAACUAUACAGGUAACCCACUCGUGGAGUGUAAGAGAAAACCAGUGCAAUGUGAUGGCUUUUGCCCAUGUGAUGAGAGCGGUUAUUGUAUAUCACUGUGUGAAGAUAACUCAGAUUGUAGCUGCGGGGAAAAAUGUUACAACGGCGGUUGCAGGUCUCUAUGCUCAAGCAGAAAUAAAUGUCCUGAAAGACAAAUAUGCAUGCAAGGACUUUGUGUACCUGGUUGUAAUAAUAAUCGAGAUUGUGGUGACGACAUGGUCUGUUCUUCAAAACAAUGUGUUGCAGUUUGUCAAGACAGUUCAUGUGGCAAAAAUGCUAUUUGCUUGGCUAAUAGACACCGAGCUGUUUGUAGUUGCCCUAGUGGCUUUUCCGGCGACCCGGAACAAGCAUGUAAAGCUUACGAAUGUAUGAAGAAUGAAGAGUGUGGGUCGGAUGAGGAAUGUAGUGAUGAAGGGAAAUGUAAGAACGUUUGUUUAAGUGCUUGUGGAUCAAAUGCGAUAUGUCGUUCAGUCCAUAGAGUACCUCAAUGUUCCUGUCCACCAAAUUAUGUAGGCAAUCCGAGAAUAGAAUGUUCUAAACCUGCAGCUGGAAGUUGUCUACGUAACCCUUGUGGUAUAAAUGCCCGUUGCCGUGAUCUGGACGAUGGAGAUUAUGAGUGCACGUGUCCUCCAGGAUGCGCCGGUAGCCCACAAAAACAAUGUUUCUGUGGUGCUAUGACGCCUUGCGCGCGUAAAUCAUGUGGUACAAAUGCUCAAUGUCGUAUAGGAGAACAAGGGGAACCAGUAUGUUUCUGUCCUCGUAUUUACCCCAAUGGAGACCCAAAUAUUGAGUGUGCUAAAGAACCUAGCGUUGUCGAUUGUCGAACGACGUUUUGUGGAAUUAACGGGGAAUGCUUAAGAGAAGGCGCUGAAUUUGUAUGUCGUUGCAUUCCCGGCACAGAAGGACAGGCAGAUGUCGAAUGUCACACCAGUAUCGAAUGCACGAGUGAUAAAGAUUGUCCAGUAGACAAAGCGUGUUUGAGCUUACGUUGCGUCGACCCUUGCACGAUACGCGGUGUUUGUGGAGAGGAUGCCCUCUGCGUGUCCGUGAUGCAUCGUGCCCAGUGUUCGUGCCCACAAUGUUACGUGGGCCAGCCACGCCUAUCCUGUCGGCUAGAUCCUAGUUGCAAACCUACAGCCGACACAAACAUUACUUUCACUUGUUCCGAUACAAAACCAUGUCCGUCAAAGUUGGCAUGUGAUAUGGCGACCAAUGAAUGUCGAAACCCGUGCAUAGACUACCAAAAUUGUCGGAGAAAUCAAAAAUGUGAAGUCAGGAAUCACAAACCUGUUUGUGUUUGUCGAAAUGGAUUCGCUCUUAAUGAAAGGGGAGAACUAACUUGCGCACCGGAACACGCUGAAUGUACAAGAGAUGAACAAUGUCCGUCUAAUGCUGCAUGCCGAGAUUCUAAAUGUGUGAAUCCUUGCUUAGCAUCUAAAGAGUCUAUUUGUCCGAAAGGAAAACAGUGUGAUGUGGUAGAGCAUCGGGCAGUAUGUAUAUGUGUUGAAGAUUGUCACCCUACAGUGUCCAUAUGCCUUAGAGAUAAUGGAUGCCCUCAAAAUUUAGCGUGCAUAAACUUCCAAUGUAAAGAUCCAUGUAAAGAUGCUUGUGGUGACGCCCCUUGUUCAGUUGAAGAUCAUCACCCCGUAUGCAAGUUUUGUCCUAGUGGAUUCAUACACGAUGAAAAGCAUGGCUGCAUUAAAGCGUUAGAGUGCGGUGCGCACGAGCAGUGUGCUGCGGGUCUGGCGUGCAUAGGCGGGCGGUGCGCAGACCCUUGCGCGAGUGGCGGUCCGUGCACGCGCGGACAACACUGCGCUGUCGUUGACCAUCAACCUGUUUGCUCAAAGGUCUGUCAAUGUCAAACCACUUCGGACUGCGCCAGGUAUCCAAAUACAAAGUGUGAUGGAUGCGUUUGUGUGCGAGAUCAAAAACCAAUCACAAAUUGCGCACAUUGUCGACCGGGAGUUCCUUGUGACCCUUUUUCCGGAGCGUGCAUGGAGAAAUCACCCGGGACACUCAAAACACCAGAACCUUGUCAUUCUGAUCGAGACUGUAUAGAAACAGAAGCCUGCUUUAUGGGACUAUGUCAAAAUCCUUGCGAAUUUGACAAUGUUUGUGGUAUUGAAGCCAAAUGUCAUCCGGUUAAACAAAGGCCAAUGUGCUCCUGUCCGGCAGGAUAUGAUGGUGAUCCAGCUGUUAAAUGCUCACCCACCACAUCUGGUUGCACUCGAAAUGAAGAUUGUCAUUUGACUGAAGCUUGUAUAAAUAGUGCAUGUCAAUAUCCAUGUUCCAUACACAACCCAUGUGCACAAAAUGCAGUCUGUAUAAAUACAAACCAUGGCUCAGAUUGUAGUUGUGCAGAAGGAUAUCAAGGAAACGGAUAUAUUGGAUGCGUACCGGUUGUUGACUCUCAUGCAGUAUGUCAAUAUAACGAAGAUUGUCCACCAGAAUUGCUAUGUGAUAGGUUAAACAGAGUUUGUAUUAAUCCGUGUGCCGUAAAUAAGUGUGGAGAUAAUGCUGAAUGCUUCCCUGCAAAUCAUGGAAUACAAUGUGAAUGUUUUGCAGGCUUUACUGGUAAUCCAUUCCUAGAAUGCUAUCAAGUUCAAGGUUGUCGAUCUGAUAAUGAAUGUUCAAAUUCAGAGGCGUGUAUUAAUGGAAAAUGCGAGUCGCCUUGUAGAUGUGGAACAAAUGCAAUUUGUGACGUUCUAAAUCAUCGUGCUUCUUGUAAAUGCUUAGGUGGUUAUACUGGAAACCCAAUGUUAAGUUGUGAACCUCCGUCGAACCCUUGUUCUCCAAACCCAUGUGGUAUAAAUGCACUUUGCGAAAAUGAUAAUGGCAAUCCAAUCUGCUUUUGUCCUAAGGGUCUUACCGGCAACCCUUUCAAGAAUUGUAUUCCGGAAGGUAAUGAGUGUGAACCUAACCCAUGUGGACCAUUUACUGGUUGCAGAAUUGUAGAUAAUAAACCAGCAUGUUUCUGUCUUCCAAAUUAUGAAGGAAACCCUCCUCGACAACCUUGUCGUCUACCAAAUAAUCCUUGUAAUCCUUCUCCUUGUGGUCCUAAUACACAAUGUACAGUUUUAUCGAAUGGUUUUUCAAAAUGCACUUGCUUACAAGGCUACGUAGAGAGUCCAAAUACAGUACGUGGCUGUGUCGAGACACGCAAUCCUUGUGAACCUAAUACCUGUGGCCUUGGAGCGCGUUGUGAUCCAAACAGGACACCCGCAUGUUACUGUCCAGAAAACACAAGAGGAAAUGCCUACAAAUCUUGUAAUCAUGAAUCUGGGUUGCCCGUGUCUUUUCUCUGCCAACCUGGAAAUUGUGGUGAAAAUGCCGAUUGUUACGUCAGUAACAACAGAGAAAUGUGUUUCUGUAGAGCUGGAUUUAUUGGAGAUCCUUAUAUUGGCUGCCAACCUCAAAAAACCCCUUGUAGUCCAAACCCUUGUGGACCUCAAUCUCUGUGCAAUAUUCAAUAUGAUGGGCAAGCACUAUGUACUUGUAUGGAAGGAAGCACUGGUGACCCUUACAGUUUGGAGGGCUGCCAUUCCAGGGAAUGUGAAAUUGAUGACGAAUGUUCACUGGACAAAGCUUGCAUUGGUUACGCAUGUCGUGACCCAUGUCCAGGAGUAUGUGGUCUUAACGCUGAGUGUCAUGUGGAAUCACAUCAUCCUGUUUGUGUAUGCGAAGACGGAUUGAUAGGAAAUCCUUUAGUUUGUUGCUUAGAACCUGAAGAGCAAAAAAGUAAUAGCCCUUGUAGUAAAAUACAAUGCGGUAUCAAUGCGAUUUGUCAAGAUGUUGGCAAUAAGGCUUUAUGUUCAUGUCUUCCGGACUUUUCUGGAGAUCCAACCAAGGAAUGUAAACCAGAAUGCCUUAUGAAUUCAGACUGCUCACCUAACGAGGCUUGUAUUAAUCGAAAAUGUACAGAUCCUUGUCUGCAAAGUAAUAUCUGUGGAAUAAAUGCAGUUUGUUUAUGUUCAGAUCAUACAGUUUCGUGCUUGUGUCCUGACGGAUAUAUAGGAGAUCCAUUAGUUCAAUGUUUAUACAGGCCCAUAAUUAUUGCACAAGACAAUACGACAGCUCAACCAUGUGCACCAAAUCCUUGUGAUCCCAAUUCUCUUUGUGAUACAUACGGAGAUAAAUUUGCUGUAUGUAAUAUGUGCGUUGGUCCUAACGCCAUCAAUAACCCAGGAUGUAGACCCGAGUGUGUCUUAAAUUCAGACUGUGCAUUUAAUAAAUUCUGUUUAAAAAACAAAUGUGUGGAUCCAUGUCCUGGCUCAUGCGGUGUUAAUGCUGAAUGUACAAUAGUAUAUAAUCAUGAUCCGAUUUGUAAAUGCAAAAACGGUUUUGAAGGAAAUCCAUAUGAGCAUUGUAAAUUUACAACACAGCCCGUGCUGACAGAAUCUUGUGACAAUAUUCGCUGUGGAGCCAAUGCUAUUUGCCUAAAUAUGAAUGAAGCUCUGACUUGUAAAUGUUUACCUGGUUUCUUUGGAAAUCCUUAUCUUUCGUGUAGACCUGAAUGUGUCGUUAAUAGUGAUUGUACCUCAAAACUAGCUUGUAUAAACAAUAAGUGUGAAAAUCCUUGUGAAAAUGUUUGCGGAGUCGGUGCACUUUGUGAAACUGUAAAUCAUCAUGCUGUUUGCUAUUGUGCAUCAGGUCAGACUGGUGACCCUUAUAUUCGAUGUCAAAAUAAUCCUUUAACUACACCUACGUUAUCUAUAUGCGACCCAUCACCUUGUGGACCAUGUAGUCGUUGUCUGGUAUCACCAUCUGGUUUUGCAGUCUGCUCCUGUUUACCAGGCUUCCGUGGUGUUCCUCCAAUGUGUCAACCAGAAUGUGUUAGUAAUUCUGACUGCCCACAAAAAGAAACUUGUGUUAAUCAAAGAUGUAUCGAUCCAUGUCAUGGAAGUUGUGGCAUAGGUGCUCAUUGCGUUGUAGUUAACCACAAUCCGAUAUGUAGUUGUGGACCGGGAGAAACAGGAGAUCCUUUCACAGUUUGUACAGCAUUUAACGAAAACGGACCUAAUGAAAAAAAUCCGUGCUUACCAUCACCAUGCGGACCCAAUUCAGUUUGUGAAAUAAAAUCUAAUCAUCCUGUAUGUUCUUGUCAACCAAAUUAUUCUGGAUCACCACCUUAUUGUAGGCCAGAAUGCAUUAUAAGCCAGGAGUGCCCACCAAAUCGAGCUUGCAUAAAUGAAAAAUGCGCUGAUCCAUGUAUAGGAUCCUGUGGUAACAACGCUGUAUGCAACGUGGUAAACCACACUCCAUUAUGUAGCUGCUUAGAAGGAUACAAAGGUGACGCCUUUAUUGGAUGUAUAGCAGUAUCAAAAGAUGAUACUGCUUCCCCCUGCAAUCCAUCGCCUUGUGGUGAAAACACAGUUUGUACUGUAACAAAUAAUGCCGCCAGAUGUUCAUGUAUACCACCUAAUAUUGGUAAUCCUUAUGCUGGCGGUUGUCGACCAGAAUGUACUCUUAAUUCAGAUUGUCCAAAUCAUCUAGCUUGUUUAUCUAACCACUGCCGGGAUCCUUGUAAAGAUUUAUGCGGCGUUAAUGCAGAGUGUAUUGUUACAAACCAUGUUCCUGUUUGCACAUGUUUCAAAGGAUAUGAAGGUGACCCAUUCUCUUCCUGUCGUCGAAUUUAUGCAGUCCCUACACCUAUCAAUCCGUGCGAACCUUCACCUUGUGGCCCCAACAGCGAUUGUCACGUGGUCAGCAAUCGAGCGGCGUGCUCAUGUCGCGCCGGUUAUCUCGGCGUUCCUCCUGCUUGUCGUCCUGAGUGUGCUGUAAACUCAGACUGCCCUACGACGAAGGCUUGCAUAAAUCAAAAAUGCAGAGAUCCUUGCAUUCACAGUUGCGGUGUAGAUGCUCGUUGCCACGUUGUCAGUCAUAAUCCGAUUUGCAUGUGUCCAGAAAAUAUUCCCGAAGGCGAUCCCUUUAUACGCUGCUACAAAAAAAGUAUCAUGCAUCCAGCUCCAGACCCUUGCUUGCCAUCGCCAUGCGGACCGCAUUCAACUUGUCGAAGCGAGACAGGCAGGGCAGUAUGUGCGUGUGAGCCAGGUACUCUAGGCGCUCCUCCUGCCUGCCGACCUCAGUGUCUUAUAAACCAGGAUUGCCCACUUUCUCUUGCUUGCUUGAGUGGCACCUGUGUUAAUCCAUGCGUCGGUUCCUGUGGAUUUAACACCCGUUGUGUGGUACAAAAUCAUCAGCCAAUAUGCUCGUGUGACAAUGGCUUUUCAGGAGACCCGUUCUCCGGCUGCAGUCUCCUCAAAACUCCUAAAGAGGUUUCCCGACAUCCUUGCAACCCAUCACCUUGUGGAUCUAAUGCUAUUUGUAAAGAACGAAAUGGUGCUGGUGCGUGUACUUGCAUUAAUGACUUUUACGGAGAUCCUUAUCUAGGCUGUAGACCUGAGUGUGUUAUGAAUUCAGACUGUUCUAUUGACAGAACAUGUUUUAAUAAUAAAUGUGUAGAUCCUUGCCCGGGUACAUGUGGACAAAACGCAGAAUGUACAGUCACAAAUCAUGCACCUUCAUGUUAUUGUUUAUCUGGAUAUAAUGGAAAUCCUCUUCAUGCAUGCACUCCUGUUAUAACUCUUCCGGAACCGAUAGAUCCAUGCCACCCUUCGCCCUGUGGCCCUUACAGUAAAUGUCGUACGUUUAAUGAUCACGCGGUUUGUACGUGUCUUGAUAUUUGUGUUGGUUCUCCACCGAAUUGUCGACCUGAAUGUAUUGUCAGUUCCGACUGUCGCCCAAGUAAAGCGUGUAUAAAUAAUAAAUGUCAAGAUCCUUGUCCUGGUACUUGUGGGAUUAACGCUGAAUGUCAAGUUGUGAACCACAAUCCUAUAUGCAGUUGUGGAAGUGAUUAUACUGGCGAUCCGUUUGUAAGGUGUUUCUUAGAAGACAAAAAAAUGACUCCAAUCGAUAACUGUUUACCUAAUCCUUGUGGUCCACAUUCGCAAUGCCGUGAUUUAAAUGGAAUCCCCGUAUGUUCGUGUUUAAAUAAUUAUAUAGGACAACCACCAAAUUGUCGACCAGAAUGCGUAAUGAGUGUUGAAUGCCCAGGUAACUUGGCAUGUAUUUCUGGAAAAUGCAAUGAUCCUUGUCCAGGUUCUUGUGGUUUUCAUGCAAUAUGUAAUGUUGUAAAACAUAUACCUAUAUGUACUUGUGACCGAGGCUAUACGGGUGACCCAUUCUCUGGAUGUUCAAUUGCUCCUACUAUCGAACCACAUCUUGAAAGUCCAUGCUCUCUAUCUCCUUGUGGGGUAAACGCUGUUUGCAAAGAAAGACAUGGUAUUGGUUCUUGUUCAUGUCUACCUGAAUAUUACGGCGAUCCUUAUAUUGAGUGCCGACCAGAAUGUGUUUUAAACUCUGACUGUUCAAAAGAUAGAGCUUGUAUAAAUAAUAAAUGCAAAGAUCCAUGUCCUGGAGUUUGUGGUAUGAACGCAGAAUGUCGUGUGAAUAAUCACGCUCCGGCUUGUGCAUGUCUGUUGGGUUACGAAGGAAACCCAUUCACAUCCUGUUACAUAAGCCCUAUUGAAAAACCUACUGAUCCAUGCUUACCGUCACCUUGUGGACCUUACAGUCAUUGUCACGCUAACUCUGUGCACGCUAUUUGUUCAUGCCAGGAAGAAUAUUUUGGUUCCCCUCCCAAUUGCCGCCCCGAGUGUAUGGUCAGUAGUGAUUGUAUGCCAAACAAAGCAUGCAUAAAUAAAAAGUGCAGUGAUCCGUGUAUUGGAGUGUGCGGUACAAACGCAAAAUGUACAGUCGUCAAUCAUAAUGCUUUAUGUAGUUGCCCUCAGAACUAUAUCGGUGAUCCAUUUGUCAAUUGUGCCUAUGAAAAAAGACCAGAAUCAAAGCCGUCUGGUAAUCCCUGUAUACCCACACCAUGUGGACCAAAUUCGCAAUGUCGAGUGGUAGGAGAGACUCCAGCUUGUUCUUGUAAAUCAGGUUAUAUUGGAAGGGCCCCUAACUGUCGCCCAGAAUGUAUUCAUGAUGAAGAAUGUCCCAGCAAUCUUGCUUGCAUUAGUGAAAAAUGUUUAAGUCCAUGCGAUGGCUCAUGUGGAUCCAAUGCUAAUUGUAUUGUAAUUGCACAUAAAGCAGUUUGUCACUGUCGAGAAAGUUAUACUGGAGAUCCUUUUAGAGGAUGUUAUUUUAUAGUGACAAUACCAAGUGAAGAUGAAACAAAUCCCUGUAAUCCAUCUCCGUGUGGACCCAAUGCGAAAUGUACUGAAAAAAAUAAUGCCGGUGCUUGUACUUGUUUACCGGGAUACUUAGGAGAUCCGUAUCUUGGAUGUCGUCCAGAAUGCGUCACAAACAACGAUUGUCCGUUAGAACAAGCUUGCUCAAACAAUAAAUGUGUAAAUCCUUGUCAAGGGGCAUGUGGAGUAAACGCAAUAUGCAAUGUUGCACAUCACAAUCCUAUUUGCUUGUGCAUUGAUGGUUACGACGGCAAUCCUCUGGUAUCCUGUCAUCCUCAAAGACAACCCUCACAGCAAGACCUCAAUCCUUGCGUGCCGUCUCCCUGUGGACCCUAUAGUAAUUGUAAGGAAUUUAAUGGACACGGAGUUUGUUCUUGUCAAGAGGGCUAUGUGGGAUCACCGCCAACUUGCCGGCCUGAAUGCGUUACUAGUACAGACUGUCCGCAGCACCAAGCAUGUAUAAAACAAAAGUGCAAAGAUCCAUGCCCGGGUACCUGUGGAGUUAAUGCUCGAUGUCAAGCUAUAAACCAUAAUCCGAUUUGUACUUGUAAAGCAGGAUUUACUGGUGACCCAUUCGUAGUUUGUCAAUUAGAGCCAAAGCCUAUCUUUUUGGGACCUAAAGGAAAUCCAUGUAUACCAUCACCAUGCGGUCCAUAUUCUCAAUGUAAAGUAGUCGGAGAAGCGCCUGCAUGUUCUUGCUUACCAAAUUUCAUUGGUAUUGCACCCAACUGUAGACCUGAAUGUUCUAUCAAUGCUGAAUGCUCUGGUAAUCUUGCAUGCCAAAAUGAAAAAUGUGUAGAUCCUUGUCCUGGUUCUUGCGGCUUUAACGCCGAAUGUACUGUAGCGAAUCAUGUAGCAUUAUGUAAUUGUUUGCCGGGACACACAGGUGAUCCAUUCAGUGGAUGUUCAUAUAUUGAAUAUACAUCAGAGCCGCCACCGAAUCCAUGCAAUCCAUCACCAUGUGGUGCUAACGCGCUAUGUAAGGAACGAAAUGGAGUUGGAUCUUGCUCCUGCUUGCCAGAAUAUUUUGGAGACCCAUAUACAGGCUGUCGCCCAGAAUGUGUUUCUAAUUCCGAUUGUGAUCGCAAUAAAGCCUGUUCUAAUAAUAGAUGUAAAGAUCCGUGUCCGGGAUCUUGUGGAAUGAAUGCUGAAUGUAGAACUGUAAACCACUCACCGACGUGUACCUGUCUUUACGGAUAUUCAGGAAAUCCAUUAACAAAGUGUGAAUUAGAACCUAUCUCAGGUAUAGACGAAAAACAGCUAGAUCCUUGUCAACCUUCACCAUGCGGACCCAACAGUCUAUGUCGUGCAGUGAAUGGUCAUAGCGUCUGCACGUGUGACAUUGGUUAUAUAGGAACUCCGCCCUCAUGCAGGCCCGAAUGCAUAGUCAGCUCUGAGUGUCCACAAGAUAAAGCGUGUGUUAAUAAGAAAUGCAUAGAUCCUUGUCCAAACACAUGUGGGCUAAAUGCUCGCUGUCAAGUUGUUACGCAUAAUCCUAUUUGCAGUUGUACAUCAGGAUUUACGGGAGAUCCGUUUACUAAAUGUAGCCCCGAAGAAAGAACAGUGCCAACAAAUCCAUGUGUUCCUUCACCUUGUGGACCAAAUUCUGAGUGCCGCGUUAUUGGAGACCAAGCUGCCUGUUCUUGUCUACCUAACUAUAUAGGCCGAGUUCCCAACUGCAGACCCGAAUGUACAAUUGAUGCAGAAUGUCCAAGUAAUGCUGCUUGUCAAAAUGAACGUUGUAAAGAUCCUUGUCAAGGGACGUGUGGAUCAAAUACACUUUGUUUAACAGUAAAUCAUAAACCAAUGUGCACAUGUCAACAAGGAUUCACCGGAGAUGCCUUUAUAUCUUGCACGCAACUAAUCAUAUCAUCUACCGAGAUGACACCAACGUCCAGUCCCUGUACCCCCUCCCCUUGCGGACCUAACGCAGAAUGUCGUGAGUAUAACGGUGCAGGUGCCUGUUUUUGCUCUGAAGGUUACGAAGGUGAUCCAUACGGCUCAAAUGGUUGUCGAAGAGAAUGUGAAAAUAAUGAUGAUUGUGCUUAUAACUUAGCCUGCACACGAUUUAAAUGUAUAGACCCAUGUCCUAGAACGUGUGGUCAAUUAGCUCAAUGUACCGUCGAAAAUCAUGUUCCUAUUUGCUCUUGCCCACUUGGAUUCACUGGAGAUCCAUUCUUCCAAUGUAGAGAAAUAGUCCUAGAACCUACACCAGUACAGAAUCCCUGUGAACCUACACCCUGUGGUCCUAAUAGUCAAUGUAGACAGGUCAACAUGCAAGCUGUUUGUUCUUGUUUACCAAACUAUAUUGGAUCGCCACCAGCAUGCCGACCUCAAUGUGUUGUAAAUAGUGAAUGUGACACAUCGAAAGCUUGUAUCAAUCAAAAAUGUGACGACCCCUGUCCAAAUACUUGUGGCCUCCGAGCUCAUUGCCUUGUAAAAAAUCAUAAUCCUAUAUGCACAUGUCCAGCAGGCAUGACAGGAGAUCCAUUUACACAAUGUUACACAAUUCCACCGAAACCCGAGCAACAACCAUCAUGUACACCAUCACCUUGUGGUCCACACUCACGUUGUCAACUAUUAGCUAGUGGGCCGGCGUGUUCUUGCUUACCAGGAUACAUAGGGUCCCCACCAUCUUGUAGACCAGAAUGUGCAAUAAAUUCUGAGUGUCCUGCAUCUUUAGCUUGUGUAAGACAAAAGUGUGAAGACCCUUGUCCUGGUUCAUGUGGAGUUGAAGCGAAUUGUCACGUUCUAAAUCAUGUAGCCGUAUGUGUUUGUAAUGAAGGAUAUACUGGAGAUCCAUUCUCUAGGUGUACACAAAUAACUGAAGCUCCUACGACACCAGUUCCAUCGGAUCCUUGCAACCCUUCUCCUUGUGGGCCAAAUGCACAGUGUGAUAAUGGUUUUUGCACAUGUUUACCUAAUUAUAGUGGAAAUCCAUAUGAAUCAUGUAGACCAGAAUGUACCGGUAGUCAAGAAUGUCCAAGAGACAAAGCUUGUUUCAGAAAUAAAUGCCUAGAUCCGUGCCCUGGAGUCUGCGGUCAAAAUGCUAAAUGUGAUGUAAUAAACCAUAUACCGAGUUGUUCUUGCAUGACUGAUUAUACUGGUAAUCCAUUUAUACAUUGUCAACCUAUGGAAAAAGAAAAAGCUUUGCCGAAAGAUCCAUGUCACCCAUCUCCAUGCGGACCAAAUAGCAUAUGUAGAACAAAGGAAAACACGGCAGUUUGUGCUUGCAUAGAGGGUUUUACAGGCUCGCCUCCAGCAUGUAGACCAGAAUGUGUCGUCAGUUCUGAAUGUCCUUCAACCAAAGCAUGCGUUAAUCAAAAGUGCAUUAACCCUUGUAUCAAUGCUUGUGGAAUAUCAGCACGUUGCGAAGUUAUAAAUCAUAGUCCUAUUUGUAGUUGUAAUUCAGGUCAAACAGGUGAUCCAUUCAAAAGUUGUUAUGAUAUUGUUGCUAUGCUACCCGACCCAGUAGAUGCUUGUAAUCCUUCACCAUGUGGACCGAAUGCUCUAUGUAUGGAACGAAAUGGCAAAGCUAAUUGUCGAUGCGCAGAUGAUUAUGUUGGGCAACCACCAAAUUGUAGACCAGAAUGUGUCAUUAAUCCUGACUGUCCUUCUAAUCAAGCGUGUAUAAGAAAUAAAUGUAUAGAUCCUUGCCCUGGCUCUUGUGGCGUCAAUGCAGAUUGUAUUAUUGUAAGCCAUACUGUUUCUUGUCUCUGCAAAGACAAAUAUACUGGAAAUCCUUUCUUGCAGUGUGUGCCUUUAGAAGAAAAUAUUAUCACACCAUGUGACCCAUCUCCCUGUGGAGCUAAUGCAGUAUGUAGUCAAAGAGAUGGCGCUGGGGCAUGCUCUUGUCUGGAAGGAUACCAAGGAAAUCCAUAUGAAGGUUGUCGACCUGAAUGCGUUCUAAGUUCAGAUUGUUCGGCUGAUAAAGCCUGCAUAAGAAAUAAAUGCUCAGAUCCAUGUCCAGGAAUAUGUGGAACAUUUGCAGAAUGUACAGUCGUGAAUCAUGUUCCAACAUGUGCUUGUGUGAAGGACUAUACAGGAAAUCCAUUUGUACAAUGCGUCAAAAAAGAAAUUAUACAUGACAUAAGACCGUGUCAACCUUCACCUUGUGGUCCAAAUAGUAUAUGUAGAGAGAACGGCGAAUUAGCAUCAUGUGAAUGCCUUCCGGAAUAUAGAGGCGCUCCUCCCGACUGUCGACCCGAAUGUACUGUUAGUAGUGAAUGUCCAUCAGAUCGAGCUUGUCAUAAAUUAAAAUGUGCCGACCCUUGUAGAGGAACUUGUGGACUAAGUGCACAUUGUCAAGUUGUCAAUCACAGUCCUUUAUGUAGUUGUCCCGCCGGAACAACUGGUGAUCCAUUUACUAUGUGUCGCGAGGUACAAUAUUCAAUAGUUGAAAAAGAAACGCCUAUACAACCAUGUCAACCAAGUCCUUGCGGACCGUACAGCGAAUGCCGAUCGUUAAAUGGUAAUCCAUCGUGUUCUUGUGUGAUUGGUUAUAUCGGAGCUCCUCCAAACUGUCGUCCAGAGUGCCUCGUAAAUACUGAUUGUCCAUCACAGCAAGCAUGUAUUGCAGAAAAAUGUAGAAAUCCUUGUGAAGGCUCUUGUGGUUUUAAAGCAGAUUGCCGAGUUCAAGAUCACAUACCAAUCUGCAGUUGUCCAUUGGGUUUCUCUGGUGAUCCAUUUAUUCAGUGCUCAGAAAUAUUAGUAACACCUACUCCGGCAUCAGAUCCAUGUAAUCCAUCACCAUGCGGUAGCAAUGCUGUAUGCGAGGCAGGAGCAUGUACGUGUGCCAUCGGCUAUUUCGGUGAUCCUUACACGGGAUGUCGACUAGAAUGCUCUACGAAUGGCGAAUGUUCCCCAACUCGUGCUUGUCAAGGUGGAAAAUGUGUGGAUCCGUGUCCAGGUGCUUGUGGUACUGGAGCAACUUGUUCUGUUUACAACCACAUACCAUCAUGCACCUGCCCACCAAAUACAUCAGGAGAUCCAUUCACAUUUUGUACAGAAAUAGUUAAACACGAAAACCCAAAAUCACCAUGCAGUCCAUCACCAUGCGGACCUUACAGCGAAUGUACAGUGAGUGUGAACGGUGCAGCAGCAUGUUCUUGCAGAGCUGGACAUAUUGGUUCUCCACCAUCAUGUCGACCCGAAUGCUUAGUAAGCUCUGAAUGUAAGCUCCAAAUGGCCUGCGUGGACCGCCGAUGCCGCGAUCCGUGUGAAGGUGCAUGUGGCCGCGGUGCUCGUUGCCAAGUUAUCGCACACAGUCCUAUCUGUACAUGUAAUGAUGGAUUCACAGGCGAUCCAUUUACUUAUUGCUACCCCUCUCCAGCACCACCAUUGGCUCCGAUUGACCCUUGUGAGCCUUCUCCUUGUGGACCAAACUCCAUAUGCAUUAAAACUGGAGACAUGCCUGCCUGUAGUUGCCAACCAAACUAUAUUGGGUCUCCACCAAAUUGCCGUCCCGAAUGCACAAUAAGUGCUGAAUGUCCUGCUGUCCUUGCGUGCGUUGGUCAGAAGUGCAAAAAUCCCUGCGUAGAUGCUUGCGGUCCCGGUGCAACAUGCACCGUGGUAGAUCACCGUGCAACUUGUGCUUGUGAAUUGGGUUUCGAAGGUGAUCCUUUCCAAGGUUGUUCGCGAACAAAAGUUCCAUCAAAAUUUGAAUAUCUUAAUCCAUGUGAUCCAUCGCCUUGCGGUGCAAAUGCUGAUUGUAAAGUACAAGGAAAUGCAGGAUCAUGCACAUGUCUACCGGAUUAUUUUGGUGACCCAUACCAAGGUUGCAGGCCUGAAUGCUUAGUCGAUUCUGAUUGUCCUUUGGCCUUAGCAUGUAAUAGAAACAAAUGUGUUGAUCCUUGCCCUGGAGUUUGUGGUUAUAAUGCCGAUUGUUACGUUGCCAAUCAUAAACCUACCUGUAACUGUAAAUAUGGUUACACUGGAAAUCCCUUAUCGAUGUGUACUAUUUCGCGUGAUAACGAUGUAUCAGUGAUUAAUGUUUGCAAUCCAUCGCCUUGUGGACCGAAUGCUGUUUGCAAAGUAUUAAAUAAUCAACCAGUUUGUUCAUGUUUGAACAACUAUAUCGGUGUACCACCAAAUUGUAAACCUGAAUGUAUAGUUAAUUCUGAAUGUAAGUCAAACAGAGCAUGCGUCAACAAUAGAUGUAUUAAUCCUUGCCCUAAACCAUGCGGUAAAAACGCUGACUGUAAAGUUAUAAAUCACAGCCCCGUGUGUUCAUGUCGUCCAGGAUACUCCGGAAAUCCUUUCACAAUGUGUGCACAAAUAAUGCAAGUAUUUGAUACUACCACAUCAACGGAUCCUUGUAUUCCAUCGCCCUGUGGUCUAUACGCCGAAUGUCGAAAUAAUAAUGGAUUAGCAUCGUGUUCAUGUCUGCCGUCUUACAUGGGUUCACCACCCUUUUGUAAACCUGAAUGUGUCAUACACUCUGAUUGUCAAAGCAACCAAGCAUGCGUAGCAGAAAAAUGUCGAAAUCCUUGUGAAGGUGCAUGUGGAAUUUAUGCAAAUUGCUUUGUUCAUAAUCAUAUACCAGUAUGUUUAUGUUCAGAAGGAUUUACUGGUGACCCAUUCCAUGAAUGUAAACAAACACCACUAGAAGAUCUAGCACAAACGAAACCGAUUGAUCUUUGCAAUCCAAGCCCGUGUGGGCCUAAUACAAGAUGUCAAGAUGCUGUCUGUUCCUGCUUAAUAGGUUAUCAUGGCGAUCCAUACCUUGGUUGUCGCCCAGAAUGUGUAUAUAAUUCAGAUUGCCCUCAAGAGAAAGGCUGCCAAAAUAACAAAUGUGUGAAUCCAUGUAUUGGAACUUGCGGGGUAAAUGCCAUUUGCGAUGUGAAUAAUCAUAUUCCUAUGUGCACUUGCCCAAAGGGUAUGAGUGGCAAUGCCUUUGUUGAAUGUCGACCAGUUUCAGUAAUUAACGUUAAUCCAUGUAAUCCAUCACCAUGUGGCCCCAAUAGUCAGUGCCAUCAGUCACACGGUCAAGCGGCUUGUUCGUGCCUACCUGGAUAUCGUAGUAGUCCACCAACAUGUAGACCCGAAUGUGUGGUUAGUCUUGAAUGUUCCUUAAAAGAGGCUUGCCAAAAUCAAAAAUGUGUAGAUCCUUGUAUUGGAGCUUGUGGGGUUGCAGCGGUGUGUGACGUUAUAAACCAUAAUCCAAUCUGCUCAUGUCCAUCGUCGUUCACGGGUGAUCCAUUUAUAAAGUGCUCAAUAAUUGUGCAAGCAAUAGUGCAAGUUGACCCUUGUGACCCUUCUCCCUGCGGUUCACAUUCAACGUGUAGAAUAAGUGGAGCAGGUCCUGUAUGUGCUUGUUUAACUGGAUAUCGGGGAACUCCACCAAAUUGUAGACCAGAAUGUAUCAGUAACAGUGAAUGUGACUACAAUUUAGCUUGUUUAAAUAAUAAGUGCGCCGAUCCUUGCGUAAAUAGUUGUGGAACAAAUACGGAAUGUAGAGUAGUAAGUCAUUCACCAAUGUGCAUAUGUCAAAUUGGCUACACUGGUGACCCUUUUUCACAAUGUAACCCUAUAGCUCUUGUGCCGAAUGAAAUUUUGAAUCCGUGCAGCCCAAGUCCAUGUGGCUCGAAUGCUGUAUGUAAAGAGCAAAGAGGUGUAGGUGCUUGCCAAUGCCUAGAGGGAUAUCUUGGAAAUCCAUACGAAGGAUGCCGACCGGAAUGUGUUGUAAACUCUGAUUGUCCUCUAAAUAAGGCUUGUUCCCGUUUGAAAUGUAUCGAUCCAUGCCCUGGUACUUGUGGAACUAAUGCUUUUUGUCAAGUCAAUAACCAUAUGCCAAAUUGUAUAUGUCAAACAAGUUAUACUGGAAAUCCAUUUAAUCAUUGUAACGUAAUACAAGAACCGCAAAUUGUAGAGAGUAACCCGUGCAAUCCAUCACCAUGUGGAGCAAAUAGUCAAUGUAAAGAAAUAAAAAGACAAGCUGUUUGUUCUUGCUUACCUUCUUUUGUUGGUUCACCACCAAAUUGUCGCCCAGAAUGUAUUGUAAGUUCCGAAUGUCCACCGAAUUUAGCUUGUAUAGACCAAAAAUGCUCAGAUCCUUGCAUAGGAAGUUGCGGAGAUAAUGCGAAUUGUAAUGUUAUUAAUCAUAGUCCAAUUUGUGUAUGCAAACCUGGAUUGACUGGAAACCCCUUCACUAGAUGUUUCCCGAUUAAAGUGUCACAACCACCAGACUUACCAAAUGCAGACCCUUGCUUGCCUUCACCAUGUGGUCUUUACGCAGAAUGUCGAAAUGUAGGGUCAGUUUCGUGCGCGUGUCAAGCUGGCUAUAUGGGUAAUCCUCCUAAUUGUCGGCCUGAAUGCACAAUUAAUUCAGAGUGUCCCAGUAAUCAAGCCUGUAUCAACGAGAAAUGUCUGGAUCCAUGUUCCGGAGCUUGUGGUCUCAAUGCUAAAUGUUCUGUAUUUAAUCACAUUGCUCAAUGUAGUUGUGUUGAUCAAUAUAAUGGUGAUCCCUUCGUACAGUGUCUUCCAAUUCCAUUAAACGAAGAAGAAGUUGAAUACGAUCUUUGUAAUCCUUCGCCGUGUGGAUCUAACACUAAAUGCAAUGAUGGAGAGUGUACCUGUCUACCUGAAUACAUGGGUGAUCCCUAUUUUGGUUGUAGACCAGAAUGUCUAUUAAACACUGAUUGUUCGCAAAAUAAAGCUUGCGUCAAGAACAAAUGCGUGGAUCCUUGCCUUAACACCUGUGGACUAGGAGCAGACUGCAAAAUAUAUAAUCAUAUACCGAUGUGUACUUGUCCACUAGGCUUUUCAGGAAAUGCCUUUCUUGAGUGCAGGAAAAUCAAAAAUACUGAAGUAAUAAAUCCCUGUAAUCCAUCUCCUUGUGGACCGAAUAGUCAGUGUAGAGAGAUAAACGGACAAGCCAUUUGCACUUGUUUGCCAAAUUAUAAAGGUGCUCCGCCUACUUGUAGACCUGAAUGCGUUACUAGUUCAGAAUGUGAUCUCGAUAGAGCAUGUUCUGGACAACGUUGUAUUGACCCUUGUAAAGGAAACUGUGGACUUAGAGCCAAUUGUCAAGUUAUAAAUCAUAAUCCGAUUUGCUCUUGUCCGCCUGGGCUUACUGGUGAUCCAUUUAAUAGAUGCAUACAGAAAGAUAUAGAACAACAGGUUUAUGUAAACCCUUGUGAGCCGUCGCCGUGUGGACCAAAUUCCAUUUGCAAAGAAGUAUCAGGUUCACCAUCGUGUGCAUGUCUUGACUCAUAUACAGGAAGUCCACCAAGUUGUCGGCCUGAAUGUAUUGCCAACAGCGAAUGUCCAAAUGAACAAGCUUGUAUUAAUCAAAGAUGCAAAGAUCCUUGCCCGGGAUCCUGUGGAAUUGGUGCGGAGUGUAGGGUACUAAGUCAUGCACCUCAAUGCAUUUGUCCUGCGGGUUACACUGGAGAUGGAUUUAUCGAAUGUAAAGUAAUAGAAGUGUCUCUAACUCCUUGUUUCCCCUCUCCCUGUGGUCCGAAUGCAAUUUGUAAAGAACAAAGAGGAGCGGGAGCUUGUAUAUGUCAGCCAGAAUAUAUUGGUAAUCCAUAUGAAGGUUGUCGCCCCGAAUGUGUUGUUAACUCUGAAUGUCCUCUUAACAUGGCUUGUAUGCAAAAUAAAUGUAUAAACCCUUGUGGAAAUAUUUGUGGGCGUAAUGCCGUAUGUAAUGUAAUUAAUCAUGCUCCUGCGUGCACCUGUUUGGAAGGACUUAUAGGCAACCCUUAUCAAGAGUGUGUCCAAAAGUCGUUAGAUGCCCCGAAAAAUCUUUGCGAACCUUCGCCAUGUGGCCCAAAUAGUAUGUGCAAGAUACUUAAUAAUCAAGCAAUCUGCACUUGUCAACCAGAGUAUAUAGGAUCUCCACCCAACUGCCGCCCCGAAUGCCUUGUUAGUUCGGAAUGUUCGCAACAACACGCAUGCAUUAAUCAGAAAUGUAAAAACGCUUGUGAUGGCGUCUGUGGAGUUAACACAGAUUGUAAAGUUAUCAACCAUAGUCCAAUCUGUACUUGUAAGCCCUUACAUACAGGAGAUCCAUUUAGUCGAUGUUACAGAGUACCCGAGGUCUCUACUGUUAUACUAAAUCCUUGCCUUCCAUCACCCUGUGGACCAUUCUCUCAAUGUCAAAAUGUAAAUGAUUUACCCGCUUGUUCUUGUUUACCUCAAUAUAGUGGAAGUCCACCAAAUUGUCGUCCAGAGUGUGUAAUCAAUACUGAUUGCUCUAAUGACAAAGCGUGUAUAAAUGAGAAAUGCAUUGACCCAUGUCCGGGUUCAUGCGGUGUAAACGCUGAAUGUAGAGUUCAGAGUCAUGUAUCUAUUUGUACUUGCAUCAAAGGCUACAUAGGGGAUCCGUUUACAAGUUGUUCCAUCAAAAGAGAAAUAGAACCAGUGUCUAUCAAUCCAUGCAAUCCGUCACCCUGUGGACCAAAUUCAAUUUGCGACAAUGGCGUUUGUACCUGUAUACCCGAGUAUCACGGUGAUCCAUAUUUUGGUUGCCGUCCCGAGUGCACGAUUAGUUCUGAAUGUCCAUUAAACAAAGCUUGCGUAAGACAACGUUGCAUAAAUCCUUGUGAGAAUACCUGUGGUACCAAUGCGCUUUGUGAAGUUGUCAAUCAUAUGGCUAUGUGUACAUGUCCUGCCUUUUCUACGGGUAACGCUUUUGUUCAAUGUAACCCAAUAAAAGAUACUGUUAAACAAAACCCAUGCCAGUCUAGCCCAUGUGGACCAUUCAGUCAGUGUCGAGAAUUCAACAAUCAAGCAGUAUGCUCUUGUAUGACAGGCUACCGCGGCGCACCUCCUUCCUGUCGUCCAGAAUGCGUUGCAAGCUCCGACUGUCCUUCCGACAAAGCUUGUAGCAACCAAAAAUGUAUAAAUCCAUGUGUAGGCGCCUGUGGCGUUGCAUCGAAAUGUCAAGUAAUUAACCACAACCCAAUAUGUACCUGUUCUGAGGGAAUGACAGGAGAUCCUUUCACAAGAUGCAUAUUUAUACCUAUUUCCGAGCCUUCUGUACCUGUAAAUCCAUGCCAACCCUCACCUUGUGGUCCAAAUUCUAUUUGUCAACCUUCAGAAUCAGAGAUACCAUCUUGUCAAUGUAUGCCCGACUUUCUUGGGUCUCCACCAAAUUGUCGCCCCGAAUGUAUAUCAAAUAAUGAAUGCGCUCCUCAAUUGGCAUGUAUAAACAAAAAAUGCAAAGACCCUUGUAUUCAAGCAUGUGGAACAAAUGCAGAAUGUAGAGUUAUUAGUCAUACUGCAGCGUGUCAUUGCCCCGAUGGCUGGAGUGGAGAUGCUGCUAUACAAUGUACGAUAAAUGCCUUAGUACCUACCGAGUCUUUGUCACCCUGUACACCCUCUCCUUGCGGACCGAAUGCUGAAUGUAAAGAGAGGUCAGGAGCCGGCGCAUGUGUGUGUUUGACGGGUUAUUUUGGUAAUCCUUAUGAAAGUUGCCAACCAGAAUGCGUUGUUAACACGGAUUGUCCCAGCAACAAAGCCUGUACAAGAAAUAAAUGCAUUGAUCCGUGUCCAGGUACUUGCGCUAUCAAUGCUGAUUGCCAAGUAGUAAAUCACUCACCUUUGUGUACGUGUCGUAGUCCAUAUACGGGCGAUCCAUUUAGGCAAUGUAUUUUAAAAGAACGUGAUGAAGAAUCAACUAAUCCAUGCUUACCAUCUCCUUGUGGACCUAAUAGUCAGUGUCGAAUUUCAAACGGCAUAAGCAUAUGUUCUUGUUUACCUGAAUACCGCGGAUCACCUCCCAAUUGUAGACCAGAAUGUGUGGUUAGCACAGAAUGCCCGCCAGACAAAUCUUGUAAAAACCAAAAAUGUGUAUCACCUUGCCCUGGACCAUGCGGUCAGAAUACAGAUUGUCGUGUUAUAAACCAUAGUCCAAUCUGUACGUGCCAAAAUAGAUACACGGGAGAUCCUUUCUCAAACUGUUAUAAAAUAGCAGUCCCAAUUCGAGCACCAAUUGAAAUUGAUCCCUGUCAGCCGUCGCCAUGUGGACCAAACUCUCUAUGUCAAAACCGAAAUGGCAUUCCAUCCUGCUCUUGUCAAGAUAACUUUGAAGGAAGUCCACCAAAUUGCCGCCCCGAAUGUACUAUUAACGAAGAUUGUGCUAGCAAUCUUGCCUGUAUAAAUCAAAAGUGUAGAGAUCCUUGUCCCGGUUCCUGUGGACUUAAUGCCAAUUGUCAACUUAUGAAUCAUAUUGCAAUAUGCAUUUGUAAUGAAGGGUAUACAGGAAAUGCAUUUAUUCAAUGUAACCCUAUCCAGAAAGUUCAAGACGAUUUAUGUAACCCUUCACCCUGUGGAGCUAACGCAGAAUGUCAUAAUGGCAAGUGCAGUUGCAUUCCAGAAUUCCAAGGAGAUCCGUACGAUAAUUGUCGACCUGAAUGUGUGCAAAGCUCUGACUGCGAACGUGAUAAAUCUUGUAUAAAAAAUAAAUGCUUAGACCCUUGUCCGGGCACAUGCGCAGUUACUGCAAUAUGUAACGUAAUUAAUCAUAUUCCAAUGUGUAGCUGUCCAGAACGUUCAACAGGCAACGCUUUCUUAGAGUGUCGUCCAUUUACAGAAUCUGCUAUUGUUAAUCCUUGUCAACCUUCUCCUUGUGGCCCGAAUAGUCAGUGCAGAGAAGUAAACGGACAGGCCGUCUGUUCGUGCGCACCAAAUAAUAUCGGCACGCCACCUAGUUGCCGACCUGAAUGCACGAUAAGCGCAGAAUGUCGUCUUGAUCAGGCUUGCAGCAACCAACGUUGUGUUAAUCCUUGUGUUGGUUCAUGUGGUGUUAAUGCUGAAUGCAAAGUUGUAAAUCAUAAUCCGAUUUGUACAUGCCCAUCUAGAUUUACUGGUGAUCCAUUUUCACGCUGUUUCAAUUUACCUGAAAAAUUACCAGAACAUAUAAACGUAUGCACACCUUCGCCUUGUGGUCCUAAUUCGAUAUGUAAAGAAAUAAAUGAAGUUCCUUCAUGUACUUGUCAAGAAGGCUAUCACGGUCAACCGCCUUACUGCAAACCAGAAUGUACUUCUAAUGAAGAAUGUCUACCACAUUUAUCCUGUGUACGCAUGAAAUGUAUAAACCCAUGCGAAGGUGUAUGUGGCACAAAUGCAGAAUGUAAAGUAGUUAGUCAUUCACCAAUAUGUCUCUGUGCCAUUGGUUACACAGGUGAUCCAUUCUUUAGUUGCACACGAGAAAUUUUACAAAUUGAAGCCAUUACAAAUCCAUGCUCACCUUCACCAUGCGGAGCAAAUGCUGUAUGUAAAGAGAAUAGAAAUGCUGGUUCAUGCAGUUGUAUAGAAGGCUAUAUCGGCAAUCCAUAUGACGGUUGUCGACCAGAGUGUGUUAUUAAUACUGACUGUCCAUCUAAUAAAGCGUGCAUUAAAAAUAAAUGCGCAGACCCCUGUCCUGGUAGCUGUAGCAUGAAUGCUGUGUGCCAAGUAGUUAACCACGUUCCUCUGUGUACAUGUUUAAGUGGUUAUACAGGAGAUCCAUUUAAAUAUUGCGUUUAUCAAGAGCCUGUUCAAGCGACCACCCCAACGGAUCUAUGUUAUCCUUCACCAUGUGGCCCCAACAGUCAAUGUAAAGAGAGCAAUGGUCAAGUAGUAUGCUCUUGUUUGUUAGGAUAUAUGGGAUAUCCACCGAACUGUCGACCUGAAUGUAUAGUGAGCUCCGAAUGUCCACAUGAUAAAGCUUGUGUUAACAACAAGUGUAUCAAUCCCUGCCCAAGGCCUUGUGGUGUUAAUUCUAAUUGCAAAAUGAUAAACCAUAGCCCAAUAUGUUCUUGUAAAACUUCUUACACUGGUGAUCCUUUCACUUUGUGUACACCAAUUGCUUUCGAACCUGUUAUUGAUACAAGGAACCCAUGCAUACCGUCGCCAUGUGGUCCAAAUGCGGAGUGUAGAAAUAUUGGAAAUAAUCCUUCUUGUUCUUGUCUUUUGAACUUUAUUGGAAGUCCACCAAACUGUCGCCCAGAAUGCAGUAUACAUGCAGAUUGCUCUAGUGAUCGUGCUUGUAUAAACUCCAAGUGUCAGGAUCCUUGUCCUGGCUCAUGCGGAAUGUCAGCUUCGUGCAGUGUCCUUAAUCACAUACCUAUUUGUACUUGUAUAGAAGGCUAUAUCGGAGACCCAUUUACUAGCUGUAGGCCUCAACCUUUGGAAGUGGAACUUGUUACUACGGAUGCUUGUACGAAUAUACGAUGUGGAUCCAACGCUGAAUGUAUCAAUGGGCAGUGCCAAUGUUUAUCAGAAUAUCAUGGUGAUCCAUACUUUAAUUGUAGACCAGAAUGUGUCUUUAGUUCUGACUGUGACGUCCAAAAAGCUUGUUUCCAACAAAAGUGUAUUGACCCGUGUAUUGGCACUUGCGGAGUUAAUGCUUUAUGUCAAGUAGUAAACCAUAUCCCUAUGUGUACAUGUAGUAAUGGAUUUACUGGAAAUGCCUUUGUUAUCUGUAAUCCAAUUAGAGCUCCAGUGUCCGAACAUCCUUGUAGUUCAGCAAUUUGCGGACAGAAUAGCCAGUGUCGCGAAAUAAAUAAUCAAGCUGUAUGUUCUUGUUUACCAACCUACUUGGGUGUGCCACCUGCUUGUCGACCAGAAUGUGUAGGAAAUGCCGAAUGUUCACAAAACAAAGCCUGCAUCCAACAAAAGUGUGUUAAUCCAUGCAUUGGUUCUUGUGGUAUAAGAGCAACAUGUGAAGUUAUUAAUCACAAUCCUGUUUGCGCUUGUCCUAGUGGAUUCUCGGGUGAUCCUUUCGUAGAAUGCUCCUAUAUAUCAAAUGUAGUACCGGUUACAUUAAACCCUUGCUUGCCUUCACCUUGCGGCCCAAAUUCAAUUUGCCAAGAAGUAAACGAAAACCCCUCAUGCAGCUGUAUGCCAGAAUUUAAGGGCCAACCGCCGUAUUGCAAACCUGAAUGUGUUAGCAAUAGUGAAUGCUCACCGCAUUUGGCAUGUUUAAAUCAAAAAUGUAAAGACCCCUGCCUAAAUGCUUGCGGUACAAACGCUGAAUGUCGCGUAGUCAGCCAUUCUGCUAUGUGCGUUUGUUCACAAGGAUUCGAAGGCGAUCCAUUUACACAGUGCUCUAUAAAAACAGCCAUUGAAAUACUCACGCCAUGUUCUCCAUCGCCCUGUGGAUCUAAUGCAAUUUGCAAGGAGCAAAAUAAUGUAGGCUCGUGUAUGUGUAACGAAGGCUAUUUUGGGAAUCCAUACGAGAGCUGUCGCCCAGAAUGUGUCUCAAACUCCGACUGUCCAGGAAAUAGAGCAUGUAUCAAUAACAAAUGUCAAGAUCCUUGCCCUGGAACUUGUGGAGUGAACGCUGAAUGUACGACAGUAAACCAUUCACCUACUUGUCUUUGCAUUUCUGGUUACACAGGCGAUGCUUUCCGAAGGUGUACAUUUAUACCAUUGCAAGAUACAACUCCAGUAAGUGUUUGCUAUCCAAGUCCCUGUGGUCCCAAUAGCCAAUGUAAACUUAUUAACAAUCAAGCGGUAUGCAGUUGCUUACCGAACUUUAUCGGUGAACCACCAACUUGCAAACCUGAGUGCCUACUCAAUUCCGAUUGUGCUUUAGAUAAAGCAUGUAUAAACCAGAAAUGUAUAAACCCCUGCCCGGGUCCUUGCGGUCUGAAGGCUGAUUGUCGAGUGAUUCACCAUAAUCCAAUUUGCAGUUGUCUACCUGGAUACACAGGAGAUCCAUUUUCAAGAUGCUAUAUUCAACCGGUACGGCAACCUCAGUUGGAUGACGUAAGAGAUCCAUGUGUACCUUCGCCCUGUGGCCUUAACGCUAUUUGUCGCAAUGUAGGAGGGCAAGCAAGUUGCUCUUGCUCGUUAGGUUACUUUGGUAGCCCGCCUAAUUGUAAGCCAGAAUGUACUACUAACCAAGAUUGUGUCAGUUCCUUGGUAUGCACUAAUGAGAAGUGCAUUGACCCCUGUCUUGGUUCAUGUGGUAAAAAUGCAAGAUGUUUCGUAAUAAAUCAUGUAGCAAUCUGUACAUGCCUUGAGGGCUAUAACGGUGACCCAUUUUCUGCUUGCGAAUUUGAGCCAUUCCAAGAUGAAAAGAUUGAUCCCUGUAAUCCAUCUCCAUGUGGAUCUAAUGCGGAAUGUAAUAAUGGAGAAUGUUCAUGUCUACCAGAAUAUCACGGUGACCCUUACAUUGGAUGUCGACCAGAGUGUACAAUCAGUACAGAUUGUGCGAAAAAUCUAAUUUGUAACUCUAAAAAAUGUUAUAACCCAUGUCCAGAUAUAUGCGGUACCAAUGCUUUAUGUGAAGUAGUAAAUCAUGUUCCUAUGUGCAGCUGCCCUGCUGGAUUUACUGGCAAUUCUUUUGUUUCUUGCAAUGUAGUCCAAGUUACUAUGCCUUCAAAUCCAUGCAAUCCCAGUCCAUGCGGGCCAAAUAGCCAAUGUCGUGAAGUAAAUAAUGUCCCAGUUUGUUCUUGUAUACGGGGAUAUAUCGGAAAUCCACCAACUUGCAGACCUGAGUGCACAACUAGCUCGGAAUGUCCAUUAAACAAGGCUUGUACCAAUCACAAAUGCUUGAACCCAUGUAAUGGAGCAUGUGGAAUUAAAGCGCUAUGUGAAGUUGUUAAUCAUAAUCCUAUUUGUUCGUGUCCUACUGGAUUCACCGGAGAUCCCUUUAGUAGAUGUAUAAUAAAAUCCGUUGAAGCACCACCGCAAAUAAACCCGUGCGUUCCUUCACCUUGUGGGCCUAAUUCCGUUUGUCGAACAAUAAAUGAUACACCGUCUUGCUCUUGUAUGUCAGAGUUUGUGGGAACUCCACCAAAUUGUCGCCCAGAAUGCACAAGUAAUAGCGAAUGCUCCAAUCAUCUGGCUUGUAUUAACAACAAAUGUAAUGAUCCUUGUGCUGGCGCGUGUGGCUCAUUAGCGCAAUGUAAAGUUGUCAGCCAUACUCCAAAUUGCUUAUGCCCACAAGGAUAUACAGGAGAUCCAUUUGUUGUCUGUCAAAUACAAAGUAUCCAGGUUCUUGAAAAACCGUCUCCGUGUACCCCAUCGCCUUGUGGUAGCAAUGCUAUAUGCAAAGAACGCAAUAAUAUCGGCUCUUGUGUUUGUUCUCCCGGUUACUUUGGAAAUCCGUAUGAAGGAUGUCGACCUGAGUGUACUGUCAAUACGGAUUGUCCGUCUAACAAAGUAUGUCAACAAAAUAAAUGCCAAGAUCCUUGCCCAGGAACGUGUGCCGUGAAUGCAGAUUGUCAAACAGUUAACCAUGCACCUUUAUGUACUUGUUAUCCUGGCUAUACCGGAAACCCGUUUCAAAAUUGUUUCUUGAGACAAGAAAUUGAAAUCGAUUCUGAUCCUUGCAAACCAUCUCCAUGUGGACCAAACAGCAUUUGUAAAAUACGUAACCAACAAGCUAUAUGCAGCUGUAUGCCAGAGUACAGAGGCACUCCACCAAAUUGCAGACCCGAAUGUAUAAUCAGCAGCGAGUGUCCCUCUGAUAAAGCAUGUGUAGCUCAAAAGUGUAUUAAUCCUUGUUCUGGUCAAUGUGGGCAAAACGCAAAUUGCUUAGUAAUUAAUCAUAGCCCUAUUUGUACAUGUAUGGAACACUUCACAGGCGACCCUUUUAGUCGAUGUUAUCCUAUUAAAGCUUAUAUUCCUGAAGUGCAACGUAAUCCUUGCUUACCUUCACCAUGUGGUCCAUUUAGCGAAUGUAAAGAACACAAUGGCAUUCCAUCUUGUACAUGUUUGGAAAAUUAUUUCGGAGCACCGCCGAACUGUAGGCCAGAAUGUGUCAUUAACGCGGACUGUUCGAGUAGUUUAGCCUGCAUAAAUCAUAAAUGUAAAGAUCCUUGUCCAGGAUCUUGUGGUAUUAAUGCUCAAUGCUUUGUGAAAAACCACACACCUAUUUGUAAAUGCCUAGAAAGUUAUGUGGGAGAUGCAUUUACUGAAUGUAAGCUACAAGUUGCAGAUGUAACAAACGAUGUUGAUAAUGAUCCUUGCAUACCAUCUCCCUGUGGGUCAAAUGCAGUAUGUAAUAACGGCGUUUGUUCCUGUCUGCCUGAGUUUCAAGGAGAUCCGUACUUUGAAUGCCGUCCUGAAUGCAUACUUAGUUCAGAUUGCACGCAAGACAAAGCUUGCUAUAAAAAUAAAUGUGUAAACCCUUGCAACAGCGGUGUAUGUGCAAGUAAUGGAAUUUGUGAAGUGAUAAGUCACGUACCAAUGUGUAGAUGCCCCGAAAAUAUGUCUGGCAACGCUUUCACCCACUGUACUAUCCUACAAGUUGAAAUACCGCAGCCAUGUCAUCCAAGCCCUUGUGGACCAAACAGUCAAUGUCGUGAUAUAAACGGACAAGCAGUUUGUACAUGUUUGGUUGGAUAUAUUGGAAGCCCACCAUCCUGCAGACCAGAAUGUAUUGUUAGCACAGACUGUUUGCCAGAUGAGGCUUGCUCUAAUAGAAAAUGUAUCAAACCCUGUCAAGGAGCUUGCGGUAUUAAUGCUAAAUGUCAAGUUAUAAAUCACAAUCCUAUUUGUUCUUGUCCGUCAUCAUAUACAGGUGAUCCGUUCAUGAGAUGUAUUUAUCAAGAAGUAAUACCUGAAAUAAUCAACGCUUGUAUUCCUUCACCAUGUGGACCAAAUUCUAUUUGUAAAGAAGCUUUAGGCACACCAACUUGCUCGUGUAAGCCAGGAUACUUUGGUGCGCCGCCAUACUGUAAACCAGAAUGUAUCAGUAAUUCUGAGUGCUCAACACACCGAGCUUGUAUUAACGAAAAAUGUGUUAACCCAUGUGAAAAUUCUUGUGGAGCUAACGCAGAAUGUCAUGUUAUAAGUCACUCGCCUUCAUGUUCAUGCCCAGCUGAUUAUACCGGUAAUCCAUUUGUAGAAUGUCACAGAACAGAAACUGUACAAGAGAUAACAUCGCCCUGCCUACCAUCUCCUUGUGGAGCUAAUGCUUUAUGUAAAGAAUUUAAUGGUGCCGGAUCUUGUACUUGUUUACCAGACUUUUUGGGUAAUCCGUAUGAUGGUUGCAGACCCGAAUGUUUGAUAAAUUCCGAUUGUCCUACACACAAAGCAUGUAUAGUGAAUAAGUGCCAAGAUCCUUGUCCAGGAGCUUGUGCACCAAAUGCUAUUUGUCAAGUGAUAAACCAUGUUCCUUCAUGUUCUUGUAACACAGGUUUUACAGGAGAUCCAUUCCGAUACUGUGUACAAAAACAAACUAUUGAAGAUGCUGUCGACGUAUGCCAACCAUCUCCAUGUGGACCUAAUAGUCGUUGCCAAGAAGUAAAUAAGCAAGCCGUUUGUUCAUGUAUGCCAAAUUAUAUAGGAUCACCACCUGGCUGUCGUCCCGAGUGUACCAUAAGUACAGAGUGUUCCACAGAUAAAGCUUGUUUGAACCAAAAAUGUAGCGAUCCAUGUGUUGAUGUUUGUGGCAUAAAUACAGAAUGCAGAGUUAUUAAUCAUAGUCCCAUCUGUAACUGCAAAGCUCUUUACACUGGCGAUCCAUUUACAAGAUGUAAUCCUCUACCGCCUCCAAUAGCAAAUGCCGUUUUGGAACCCUACAAAAACCCUUGUGUUCCUUCACCUUGUGGACCUAAUUCGGUUUGCCAAGAAAACAGAAAUAUACCCUCGUGUACAUGUAUGCCUAAUUUUGUUGGAAGUCCGCCUAAUUGCAGACCAGAAUGUGUCGUUAAUUCAGAAUGUUUGCCGUCACAAGCUUGCAUUCAACAAAAAUGUCAAAAUCCUUGUGAAGGUUCUUGUGGAAUAGGAGCACUUUGCACAGUUUCAAGACAUGUACCAAUUUGUACAUGCCCUGAAGGUUACACAGGGGAUGCUUUCAACGUGUGUACUCCCAGACCUCAGCCAGAUUUUGAUAUAAUCGACAAAUGUAAUCCAUCACCCUGUGGAACAAAUGCUGUAUGUAAUGAUGGUGACUGUUACUGCAUAGAGGAAAAUCAGGGAGAUCCAUACAUCGGAUGCCGACCAGAAUGUGUUCUUAGUAGUGAUUGCCCACGAGACAAAGCUUGUGUGAAAAAUAAAUGUACAGAUCCAUGCCCUGGGGCAUGUUCCGCUUCAGCUGUAUGCACUGUCGUGAACCAUAUUCCCAUGUGUAGCUGUUCGCAGGGAAUGACAGGCAAUGCUUUCUACGGUUGCGAACUAAUCAGAGCUCCAAUAACCACCAACCCAUGUACGCCAACACCAUGCGGACCAAACAGUCAAUGUCGUGAAAUUAAUGGACAAGCUGUUUGCACGUGCAUUUCCAGCUACAUAGGUAGUCCACCGUUGUGUCGACCAGAAUGUGUCGUAAGCUCAGAUUGUACACCAAAUAGGGCGUGUAGUAAUCAGAAAUGUAUCGAUCCAUGUAAGGGUUCUUGCGGAGUGGAAGCAAAAUGUGUUGUAGUAAAACAUAAUCCUAUCUGUACUUGUCCGCCCAAAUAUACCGGGGAUCCUUUUGUUAGAUGUGUACGAUUUAAUCCUGUAAUUGCUGAUACAUUACCAUGUACACCAUCGCCGUGUGGUGCUAAUUCUAUAUGCAAAGAAGUAUCUGGUGCGCCCUCAUGUGCUUGUAUGCCAAAUUUCUUUGGCUCACCACCAUAUUGUAGACCCGAGUGUUCUAGUAACAGUGAAUGCCCAACUAAUCAAGCGUGUAUCAAUCAGAAAUGCAAAGAUCCCUGUAUCAAUACCUGUGGUCAAAAUGCUAAUUGCAAGGUUGUCAGUCAUACACCGAUGUGCUUCUGUGAUGACGGAUAUGAAGGAGAUCCAUUUUCAAAUUGCCAACCUCAAAAACACCAAAACCCUGAGAGAACAUCUCCUUGUGACCCUUCUCCGUGCGGUGCAAACGCCAUUUGUAAGGAACAUAACUCAGCAGGUUCUUGUACAUGUUUGGCUGAUUAUAUUGGAAACCCCUAUGAAGGUUGUCGUCCUGAAUGUUCAGUUAAUACAGAUUGCACGCCAAACAAAAGCUGUAUUCGAAAUAAAUGUCAAGAUCCUUGCCCAGGUACAUGUGGCCCAAUGGCUAUCUGUACAACUGUAAAUCACUUACCAGUCUGUACUUGUCCCCCUGGUUACACAGGCGAACCAUACCAAAGAUGCGUUAUUAUGAAAGAAUUAAGUUCAGAACCUCUCACACCAUGCCUUCCCAAUCCAUGUGGACCAAAUAGUGUAUGUCAAUCAAUUAAUGGUCAAAGUGCAUGUUCAUGUAUGCCUAAUUAUUUUGGCACCCCACCUGGAUGUCGGCCAGAAUGCACAGUCAGUUCGGAAUGUCCAAGUAAUAAAGCUUGUAUUAAUUUAAAGUGCACAAACCCAUGUCCUAGUCAUUGUGGAAUAAACUCAGACUGCAAAGUCUUUACCCAUAGCCCUGUAUGCUCAUGUAAACCUGGUUAUACAGGGGAUCCGUUCACUCGAUGCUAUCAACAACCUCAAGUAUUCUUUGACACACCUAAAGACCCUUGUUUGCCUAAUCCGUGCGGAGAUAACGCCAUCUGCAGAGAUAUAAAUGGCAUACCAUCAUGUUCUUGUAUGUCGAACUUCAAAGGACUACCUCCUAAUUGCCGCCCCGAAUGUGCUAUUAAUCAAGAUUGUCCAUCAAACAUGGCAUGUAUGAACAUGAAAUGUCGCGAUCCAUGUCCUGGCAGUUGUGGUCAAAAUGCAGUAUGUACUGUAUUUAACCAUUUCCCAGCAUGCACGUGCGCACAAAGCUUUUCUGGAGAUCCUUUCACAAGAUGCACUUUAAUUCCGCCAGUACAAGAUAUUAUUAUUCAAGAUCCUUGUAACCCAUCUCCAUGUGGAUUUAAUGCUGAAUGUAACAAUGGAAUAUGCACUUGUUUAAUUGAUUAUUAUGGAGACCCUUACAUAGGUUGCAAGCCUGAAUGUGUAACAAAUAUGGACUGUUCACCAGACAAAGUAUGCUCUAGUAAUAAAUGUAUGAAUCCUUGCCCUCAAGCUUGUGCUCCAACUGCAGAAUGUAAUGUUUACAAUCAUAUUCCGAUUUGCACAUGUCCACGAGGAAUGACUGGUAAUGCUUUUAGAGAGUGUUAUAAAGUUGAAAUUACUCAAGUGAAUCCUUGUAAUCCUAGUCCAUGCGGACCAAAUAGUCAGUGUCGAACAGUUAAUAACCAAGCUAUUUGCUCAUGUUUACCAAACUUCAUCGGUAGUCCACCAUCUUGUCGACCAGAAUGCACAAUUAGUGCCGAAUGUCCUCGCGAUGAAGCCUGCAAUAAUCAAAAAUGUAUAAAUCCUUGCAAAGGUAGCUGCGGUUAUGGAGCAAGAUGUGAAGUCAUUAAUCAUAAUCCUAUUUGCUCAUGCCCUGCUCAAUAUACGGGCGACCCAUUCACGAACUGCAUCCCGAUAGUAUCAGCUCCAUUGGGUCCGACAGAUCCUUGUACCCCAUCUCCUUGUGGACCUUACUCAGUUUGCAAAGUAAUCGGAGAGUCUCCAUCGUGCUCUUGUCAAGUCAAUUAUAUAGGAGCUCCACCAGCCUGUCGUCCAGAGUGUAUAAGUAAUUCUGAGUGUCCAACCAAUCAGGCUUGCAUAAACCAGAAAUGUAAAGACCCUUGCCCUGAAACAUGCGGAUACAAUGCUGAUUGUAAAGUUGUCAGUCACGCAUUAAUCUGUUCGUGUCCUUAUGGUCAGACUGGUGACCCGCUAAGCUCUUGUUAUCCUGUCAAAGAUUCUGUUAUUGAAUAUAAUUCUCCGUGUGAACCCUCUCCUUGCGGUCUUAAUGCGGAAUGCUCAGAAAGAAACGGCGCUGGUGCGUGUACAUGUCUCGAAGAUUUUAUUGGUAACCCAUAUGAAGGUUGUCGACCAGAGUGUGUUAUAAACACUGACUGUAGCCCCACAUUGGCCUGUAUUCAAAAUAAAUGUAAAGAUCCUUGUCCUGGUAUCUGUGCACCAAAUGGAAUAUGUCAGGUUGUAAAUCAUUUGCCGUCAUGUCAUUGUCCAACGGGUCUAACAGGAGAUGCUUAUUCAUACUGUAUAGACAAAGUCGAAGAUUUUGUCAAAGUUACGCCUUGUAUUCCGUCACCCUGCGGUCCCAAUAGUAAGUGCCGUGAGGUUAACUCUCAGGCAGUUUGCAGUUGUAGCGACACAUAUAUGGGAAUUCCACCAAAUUGUCGACCUGAAUGCACAAUCAACAGCGAAUGUAGAAGUGAUAAAGCAUGUGUUAAUCGAAAAUGCGUUGAUCCCUGUGUAGGCCAAUGCGGUCGAAACGCUAAUUGCAGAGUUAUCGCACAUAACCCUAUGUGUUCUUGUCAAGAACAUUUUACUGGAGAUCCUUUCUCAUAUUGCAUGCCUUAUCCUACGUCGAAUUUACCACCUCAAGAUAAUAUCAACCCCUGCUUGCCAUCGCCGUGUGGUGCAAAUGCACUGUGUGAGGAUCGUAACGGUAUACCUCGCUGCAGCUGCCUUCCGAACUACAUGGGCACGCCACCACGUUGCAGACCCGAGUGCACAGUCAAUUCAGAGUGCAAUGCCAAUAAAGCAUGCAUAAACAAUCGCUGUGUCGACCCUUGUCCGGGUGCAUGUGGAAUGAAUGCUCAGUGCAUUGUUAACAAUCAUCUACCCAUUUGUUCUUGCUUACCAAGUUACACCGGCAAUCCAUUUACAAGUUGCAAUGUUGAAGUGAAUGACGUCCAAACGAGUAAUCCAUGUUCUCCUUCACCUUGCGGAACUAAUGCCGUCUGCAAUGAAGGUGUUUGCUCUUGUUUGCCGGAGUUCUUUGGAGAUCCUUACUUUGGAUGUAAACCUGAAUGUGUUUUGAAUUCUGAUUGUCAACGUAACAAAGCUUGCAUAAGAAAUAAAUGUAAAGACCCGUGCAUUGGAACAUGCGGAAGUGGUGCUUUUUGUGAAGUUAUUAAUCAUAUACCGAUUUGCUCUUGUCCUUCUGGAACAUCAGGCGAUCCUUUCAACUACUGUAAUGAAAUGAUAGAACCUGUGUCUACAAAUUUGUGUCAACCAUCACCAUGUGGACCUUAUAGUCAAUGUCGAGAAAUAAAUGGACAAGCCGUAUGUGGUUGCGUUCAAGGGUAUGUUGGUAGUCCUCCGAACUGUCGUCCAGAAUGUACAGUGAGCUCGGACUGUCACUUAAAUAAAGCUUGUUCUAACCAAAAAUGUAUAGACCCUUGUCCUGGAGCAUGUGGACGCAACACUCAAUGUAUCGUUGUCAAACACAACCCAAUAUGUACUUGCUUGUCUGGAUUUUCGGGAGAUCCAUUUUCAGUUUGUCAAGUUAUUCCUUUACUGCCACCAGUUAAAAUUAAUCCAUGUUUGCCUUCACCUUGUGGACCUAACUCACUUUGUACAGAAACAGAAAGUAGAGCAGAUUGUAAAUGUUUGCCUGAAUUUAUCGGUUCCCCACCAAAUUGUCGACCUGAAUGCACUAGUAAUACUGAUUGUGAUACUAGUAAGGCUUGUAUCAAUAAAAAAUGCCGCGAUCCUUGUCCUGGCUCUUGCGGCGUCAAUGCAGAGUGCAGAGUUGUAAGCCAUACACCAAGCUGCUUAUGUGAAAAUGGUUACACUGGGGAUCCCUUCGUACAUUGCACAAUGAAAGUCGCGCAAAUUAAUGAAGAAAGGCCAACACCAUGUGUUCCAUCUCCUUGUGGCGCUAAUGCUGUAUGCAAAGAACGGAAUGAUAUUGGAUCUUGCACAUGCAUAUCAGGCUAUUUUGGCGAUCCUUAUGUCUCAUGUAAACCGGAAUGCUUAUUAAACUCAGAUUGUCCAUCUAAUCAAGCCUGUCACCUGAAUAAAUGUCACGACCCUUGUCCCGGAUCAUGUGGUGUGAAUGCAUUGUGUAAUGUUGUUAAUCAUAUACCUAGUUGUAGCUGUCCAGAUCAACACUAUGGAGAUCCAUACAAAAUUUGCUUAUUUAAACCACAAAUGGAAAAAAUUGACCUCUGUAAUCCAUCGCCAUGUGGGCCAAACAGUCUGUGUAAAGAUCAGAAUGGUGUAGCUAUCUGUACGUGUUUAAAUGGAUACCUUGGAUCUCCGCCCGACUGCCGCCCAGAAUGCCUUACAAACUCGGAAUGUCCUCUUGACAAAGCAUGCGAAAACUUGAAGUGUAUAUCUCCUUGUCCCAAAGGAUGUGGCAUUAAUGUUGACUGCCGGGCAAUAAAACAUAAUCCUAUUUGCUCUUGUAAAGAAGGAUAUACGGGAAAUCCAUUUUCAAUAUGCCAUAAAAUAAUUAAAGUUGAAACUACAUUGAUGGAACCAGUAAAUCCUUGUGUGCCUUCCCCGUGUGGACUUAACGCCGAGUGUAGAGAUACAGGUGGAAUACCUUCUUGUAUAUGCCUCGAAGGUUACAUUGGAAGUCCACCUAAUUGUAAACCCGAAUGUGUUCUAAACACUGAUUGUAGUAACGACAAAGCUUGUAUUAAUAUGAAAUGUGUCGACCCAUGUCUAGGAUCAUGUGGUAUAACAGCCGUUUGUAACGUUGUGAAACACGUCCCUGUUUGCUCAUGUCCCGUUGGCUAUGAUGGUGAUCCAUUUGUAGCUUGCAACAUUAAAGCACCAGAACCAGUCCAAAACAUCGAUCCGUGUAAUCCAUCACCGUGUGGUCCAAACGCCGUUUGUCGUAACAACGGGGAAUGCAGUUGUUUGCCAGAAUACCACGGCGACCCAUACUUCAGCUGCCGCCCAGAGUGCGUACUCAGCUCAGAUUGCCCUCUCACUCAAACGUGUUUACGUAACAAGUGUGUUGAUCCUUGUCGCGACAUGUGCGGAAUCAAUGCUGAAUGUCAUGUGUAUAACCACGUGGCUGUAUGUAGUUGUCCAAGUGGAAUGUCUGGAAACGCUUUUUACGAAUGUAAUGAUAUAAAAAUACCUGUCACCAAACCAUGUGAACCAUCUCCAUGCGGGCCGAACAGUAUAUGCAGAGAGACAAACGGUCAAGCAGUUUGUUCUUGUAUACAAGGAUUCGUGGGUAAUCCACCUAGUUGCAGACCUGAGUGUAUUCAAAGCACUGAUUGUUCUCCAUCGUUGGCUUGCAUUAAUAGAAAAUGUCAAGAUCCAUGUCCAGGGUCGUGUGCUUCCAACGCUAUAUGCAACGUAAACAAUCACAAUCCCAUAUGCUCUUGUCCACCAAGAUAUACAGGAUCUCCUUUCACGCACUGCUACGUACAACCUGUUGAAGAACUACCUAGUAAUCCAUGUGCCUCUUCGCCUUGUGGACCGAAUAGCAUAUGUAAAGCGUCACUUACUGGUGAUUCAUAUAUUUGCUCGUGUCAACCUACAUUUGAAGGAAACCCACCAAAUUGUAAACGAGAAUGCACGAGUAAUGAAGAUUGCCAAACUGAUAAGACUUGCAUUAAUUACAAGUGCAAAGAUCCUUGCCCUGAAUCAUGUGGAAUCAAUACUGUAUGUAGAGUGAGACUUCAUACCGUCAUGUGUUCUUGUCAAGAUGGUUAUUCAGGAGAUCCAUUUUUAUCAUGCUAUGAAGUACCACAAAUAUCAAUAUCACAAGACCCAUGCAAUCCAACUCCUUGUGGAGUUAAUGCUCGCUGUAGAGUUACUAAAAAUAAUGCUGCCAUUUGUGCCUGCGAACCUGGAUAUUUUGGAAAUCCCUAUGAGACUUGCAGACCCGAAUGUAUUACCAACACUGACUGCCCUUUCAAUAAGGCUUGUCUUAAUAACAAAUGUGAAGACCCAUGUCCAGGUGUAUGUGGAACAACUGCUGUUUGCGAAGUCAUAAACCACUUGCCAUCAUGCAAAUGCUCUUCCGGGUAUACUGGAAAUCCGUAUGCAUAUUGUCAUAUUAUUAUCAAUGAACCGGAACAUGUGCCACAAAAUCCUUGCAUACCAAACCCUUGUGGAAGCAACAGCAUUUGUAAAGAUAAUAACGGUGUAGCUUCUUGCACUUGUAUACCUAAUUAUAUUGGAGCACCGCCUAGUUGUCGUCCUGAAUGUACGGUCAAUUCAGAGUGCGAAAAAUCAAAGAGCUGUAUAAACCAAAAAUGUAUUGAUCCAUGCAUAGGUGUAUGCGGACAAAAUGCUCAAUGUAAAGUAAUUAAUCAUGCACCAAUUUGUUCAUGUCGCGAAAACUAUGAAGGGGAUCCAUUCACCAGAUGCAUUUUAGUAGAAAAAACUCCAAUUGCCGAUCAAAAUCCUUGUUCACCAUCUCCUUGUGGUUUGAAUUCAAUCUGCCAGACUAUUAAUAAGAUACCAAUGUGCACGUGUAUAGACAAUUUUAUUGGAGUUCCACCAAACUGUAGAGCAGAAUGCACUGUUAACUCUGACUGUCCAUCAAGCAAAGCUUGCAUCAACCGCAGAUGUAAAGAUCCUUGUGUUGGUUCUUGUGGACUACAAACCGUAUGUCAAGUCCAUCAGCACUCUGCUAUUUGCAGUUGUAUAGAAGGAUAUACAGGAAAUCCAUUUGAAAGUUGUCACGUUACAGAAAUUAUAGAACAUUCACCUGCUCUAUAUGACAAAUGUAAUCCUAGUCCUUGUGGAGCGAACGCGGAUUGUAACGACGGACUUUGUACUUGUAGAAAGAACUUCUUUGGCAAUCCUUACUUGAGUUGCCGACCCGAGUGUACUCAUAAUUCAGACUGCGCAUCAAAUCUAGCAUGUUUAAAUAAUAAAUGUAUGAAUCCAUGUACAAACCUAUGUGGGAAUAAUGCUAUCUGCGAUGUGUAUAAUCAUAUUCCUAUGUGUAGUUGCCCACCAAAUACCAUCGGAAAUGCAUUCUUCUCGUGUAUAACAAACAAAGUUGAGCAACAAAAGAAAAAUCCUUGUGUUCCGUCUCCUUGCGGUCCUAACAGUCAGUGUCGAAUUAUGCAGGAACAAGCAGUUUGCUCAUGUAUUUUAGGCUAUAUUGGAAUACCUCCAUCUUGUCGUCCUGAAUGUUUAGUUGAUUCAGACUGCUCAAGCGUUUUAUCAUGCUCUAAUCAAAAAUGCGUGGACCCUUGUCGCGGAUCAUGCGGUGUUAAUGCGGAAUGUAAGAUUCAUAAUCACAAUCCUAUUUGUUAUUGCCCAAGUGGAUUUACUGGCAAUCCAUUUACGCAUUGUUUGGAAAUAACAUAUGAUAAUCCCCCAAUAAGAACACCAUGUACGCCUUCACCAUGCGGACCUAACUCACAGUGUCGACAAGUCGGCGAGACACCCUCUUGCACAUGCUUAAAUGGCUAUAAUGGAAGUCCUCCAUAUUGCCGUCCAGAGUGUAUCACAAACAGUGAAUGUAGUUUUGAAAAAUCUUGUAUUAAUAAUAAAUGCGUCGAUCCGUGCAUAGGUGCUUGUGGACAAAAUGCAAUUUGUCGAGUUGUCAGUCAUUCACCUCUGUGCUCCUGUCAAUCCGGCUAUGAAGGAGACGCAUUUGAUCUAUGCAGUCCGAUAAAAGUAUCAAUACAAAGGCCACCUGAACAAAUUAAGCCAUGUUCGCCUAAUCCAUGCGGCCCGAACGCUUUAUGUCAGGAAAGAAAUAAUGCUGCUAGUUGCAUGUGCAUAAGUGGCUUCUUUGGUAACCCGUACGAAGGAUGCCGACCCGAAUGCCUACUGAACUCUGAUUGUUCACAAAAUUUGGCAUGCCUCAAUAAUAAAUGCCAGGACCCAUGUUUAGGUUUUUGUGGUAUCGAUUCUGAAUGUCAAACAGUUAACCAUAUGCCCAAAUGUAAUUGUAUUGUUGGUUAUAUUGGCAAUCCAUAUGAUCGCUGUACUCUAAAAGAAGAUAAACCAACAGACCCAUGUACUCCUUCUCCAUGUGGGCCAUACAGUACGUGCAAGACUAUCAACGAACAAGCGAUUUGUACUUGUUUACCUGAAUAUCAUGGUAAUCCACCAAAUUGUCGACCUGAAUGUGUGACAAGCUCAGAAUGCCCUCUUAAUAGAGCGUGCAUUAAGCUAAAAUGUGUUGAUCCAUGUACUGGCACGUGUGGCGAAAAUACUCAAUGCCGAGUUCACCGUCACAGUCCAUAUUGUACUUGCCUCGAAGGUUUUGAAGGAGAUCCAUUUACAAGAUGUACUAAAGAAAAAAUAAUGACAGCAGUAGCUACAAGUCCUUGUGAACCAAAUCCUUGUGGGCCAUUUGCUUACUGUCAAGACAUCUAUGGGUCAGCGUCUUGCAGUUGUAAGCCAGGCUACUUUGGCUCUCCUCCACGCUGUUCUCCAGAAUGCACAAUUAAUGAAGAUUGUUCUAGAGAUAAGGCUUGCGUACGCGAAAAAUGCGUUGAUCCUUGCGUUGGAUCAUGCGGCAGCAAUACAGAGUGCCGAGCGGCUAAUCAUUUGGCAAUUUGUACAUGUCUACUAGGCUAUCGAGGAGACCCAUUCGUAGGAUGUUACGAAAUAGAAAAAGAUGCAGAGCCAGUACCGAAGCCGGAUUCCUGUACUCCAUCACCGUGCGGUAUCAAUGCUUUAUGUGAUAAUGGAACUUGUUCAUGCAUACCUGGAUAUUAUGGCAAUGGUUAUAUUGAAUGUCGACCUGAAUGUACAACAGAUAGUGAAUGUCAAAAACAGUUUGCUUGUAUCAAUUACAAAUGUAUAGAUCCCUGCAAGAAUGCAUGCGGUACAGACGCUAUCUGCAAUGUUUAUAAUCAUUUAGCUAUAUGUGAAUGUCCAGCGCCAUUACGCGGAGAUCCGUUUAUUGCUUGUCGUCGUGUAACAGCGCCAAUAGUAACAGAUCCAUGUUCACCAAAUCCAUGUGGACCGAAUAGCGUUUGUCGGGCAGCAGGCACAGUGGCCCAUUGUUCUUGUCGAUCAAUGAUGUACGAAGAACCGCCAAGCUGCCGACCUGAAUGUCGAGUUGAUUCUGACUGUUCACCGAGUCUUGCCUGUCGUAAUAAUAAAUGCCGUGACCCUUGUCCGGGCUCUUGUGGCACACACGCUAUUUGUCAUACCAACUCACAUUCUCCAGUUUGUAGCUGCCCCAGUCAUUAUACUGGCGAUCCAUUUACUCGAUGUUUGGAAGUUACAGAACUGGAACCUGAAAUUAAGUCACCGUGUCCGAACUGUGGACCUAAUGCUGAUUGCAUUAAUGGUGUUUGUCAGUGCCGGUCUGGAUAUCACGGCGCUCCUCCAUUCUGUCGUGUUGAAUGCCUUAAAUCUAAUGACUGUGCCUGGAACCUCAUGUGUUUAAAUAGGCAUUGCACUGAUCCUUGUCCCGGAGCAUGCGGUCUUAAUGCUGUUUGUACCGCAGUUGCUCACGAGCCACGCUGCACCUGUCCCCCACCCACUAGCGGAAAUCCUCUUAUUGAAUGUCGACCCACCGUGAAUAUUCCAAAACAACCAGACCUAUGUAAUCCAUCUCCUUGUGGUCCCGGCGCAAUAUGUCGCGCAAGAGGGAAUGGCGCGUCUUGCGAAUGUGAGCCAAGCUUGCGCGGUGACCCGUACACCGGAUGUAGGCCAGAAUGUAUUGCUGACUCGGACUGUUCUCCUAAUCGCGCUUGUAUACGAUCACAUUGCCGUGACCCUUGUCAAGGUACAUGUGGAAUAGGUGCGGAGUGCGAAACAAUAAACCACAUACCACUUUGCUCAUGCCCAUCAGGAACAAGAGGAAAUGCAUUUGAAAAAUGUGAUAUCAUAACAACAGCUCCUCCUUGCAAACCAUCUCCAUGCGGUCCUGGCGCACUUUGUAACGCGGUCGGUGACAACGCAGUAUGCUCCUGUCCUAGUGGAACGAUGGGAGAUGCAGGCUCCACGGGUUGUCGACCGGAAUGUGUUGUCAGCUCUGAAUGUCCUCGUGAUCGAGCCUGUAUUCGUAAUAAAUGUAUCGACCCAUGCGUUGGUGCUUGUGGAAAUGGAGCCUUUUGUCGCGUUUUCGAUCAUGCACCAAUAUGCUCAUGCCCACCUUCUACCACAGGCGAUCCAUUCCUAGAUUGCAGACUCAGGGAGACACCACCAACGAGUCCAACGGUAUUCGAUCCUUGCGAUCCAAACCCUUGUGGUCCACACGGAACAUGCCGUGAUGGAUUCUGCUCUUACCCUGAGUGUAUAGUCAAUGAUGACUGUCCCGGUGACCGAGCGUGUAUUAAUAGAAAAUGUUCCGAUCCUUGCAUAAACGCCUGUGGUAUCAAUGCAAUAUGCACAGGAGUUCGACAUUCUGCCGUUUGUUCGUGUCCUGUUGGCUAUACCGGUUAUCCAUUUGUGCGUUGUGAACAAAUCACUACCGUCACCGUAGCGCCACCGGUGCCUGAAUGUUUACACGAUGAACAGUGUGCCGACAGCGCAGUUUGUGUCGAUUCCAGAUGUACAUCUGUUUGUGUACUUACAAAUUGUGGCAUAAAUGCUCGAUGCCUAGCUAAACAACAUAGAGCCCGAUGUGCCUGCUUACCGGGCUAUGAAGGUGACGCGUAUAUAGGAUGCCAUUCAGCUCAAUGCCAUAGCAAUAAUGACUGCCCUGACGACGAGGGCUGCGAAAGCGGCACCUGUAUCAAAAUGUGCCUACGCAUGCGUUGCGGUUCUGAAGCUCAGUGCUAUACGAGAGGUCACGUGGCAUCUUGCGAAUGUAUUCGUGGAACUCGUGGAGAUCCAUGGGUGGGCUGUCGCAAAGACGAAUGCACUAUUGAUGAAGAUUGUCCGAACUGGUUAGCUUGUAAAGGAAAAGUUUGUCAAGAUCCUUGUUCCGGAGCUUGUGCGUUUGGCGCUAUCUGCAACGUCAUACGUCAUAACCCGACAUGUGAAUGUCCACGCGGCACAAAAGGAAAUCCUCAGAUUGAAUGCAAAACAGUGCAAGACCAAUUUGAGUGUGGAAACGAUGCAGAAUGUGGGCCGGGAUUGGCCUGCUUACAAGGAAACUGUAAGAAUCCGUGUGAAGAAACAUCUUGUGGAACUCGAGCCGUGUGUCGCGUUGCAAAUACAUUACCAUUCCGCACCCUAGUAUGCGAAUGUCCCCAACCCUUGACUGGUGAUGCUUCGAUCCAAUGCAGUCCUCGCGGACAAUGCACAGAAGACACGGAUUGCGGUGACGAAGAAAAAUGUUUAGACCGACAGUGUAAAAGCGUAUGUGCAUCGGGAGCAUGUGGUGUUGGAGCAGAAUGUCACGCUCGCGCUCAUCGCGUCACAUGCACGUGUGUUCCGCCACUACAGGGAGAUCCAAACGUCGCAUGUACACCAAGUGUAUCUGGGCCGAUGUGCUUAUCUGACGAGGAAUGCGGCGCAGCAGAGGCGUGUGUAGGUCAGCGCUGCGUGUCGGCUUGCGCAAACGCUUGUGGUGCAGGCGCAUUGUGCGAGGCUCAUGCACAUCGCGCUCGCUGCCGCUGCCCUCCUGGAACCGCUGGUGACCCGGCUCGCUCUUGUUAUAUACCGGAAUGUACUUCAGACGAAGACUGUCCAUUUGAUAAGAGCUGUAUCAAUAACUAUUGCCGUGACCCGUGUAGUUUCGGAGGUCCUUGUGGUCGAGAUGCUGUCUGUGAAGUUAUCGCUCAUGUGGCCACUUGUCGCUGUCCACCUGGCACACAGGGUGAUCCACGUCGAGCUUGCGUUUCAGGAAUAUGCCAAUAUAACGAAGACUGUGAUGAUACUCAAAUAUGUAAUAGAUUAAACCGAUUCUGUCAACCAGCAUGCUCCGAAAGCAGUUGCGCUCCAGGUGCAGUCUGCACCCCCAAUCGUCAUCUACCCAUAUGUGAAUGUCUACCAGGACACAGUGGAGAUCCAUUCCUCCGCGGUUGUGUUGCAAUUCAGCUCUCGGAUGAAUGUACUACUGAUGCUGACUGUGCCCGACCGCUUGGUUGUGUGAACUCUCGGUGCGUCGACUUAUGUCAAGGAAAUCCUUGCGAUGCUGGUCUUUUCUGUAAGACUGUGGACAUAUUACCCUUACGAGCUGUGGCCUGUGUUUGUCCGGAUGGAGGCCGUGUGGCACCUGAUAGUGGUUGUCGCAAUCCACCCGAGGCAGAAUGCUCAUCUAACUCUGAUUGCACUAAAAAUCAAAUCUGCCAACGAGGAAAAUGUAUCGACGCUUGUAAAGCAUCCCCUUGCGGACAUAAUGCGCUCUGUGAAACGGAUGAUCAUCUAUCACGUUGUACUUGUCCGCCAGGAUACACUGGAAAUCCAAGAAUAGAAUGCAACACAGAACCGAGGCAACCAUCUAUUUUCGAAUGUUACAAAAAUGAAGAAUGUGGACCUGAACAAGCAUGUACUGAACGAACUUGUAUCAAUCCAUGUAUGGAUGCAUGUGGAUCUGGCGCUUUGUGUCGUGUAAUAAACCAUGAACCCCAGUGUUCUUGUCCUAUUGGUUACACAGGCAACGCCAAAACACGUUGUACACCUCCAUCACAAGAUAAAUCUGUUAUACCAGUUGGAUGUAAAGCGAACUCUGACUGUCCAUUAUCCAAAGCCUGUAUAAACGGUGCAUGCGCUAAUCCUUGUCUUUGCGGUACAAAUGCGGAAUGCACUGUAGUGAGACAUCAUCCGGUAUGCUUUUGCGAGCGCAAUCAUUCUGGAAAUCCAUACAUUGGAUGUAUUAAAGUUGAUUGUACGUCUGAUUCGGAAUGUCAAGAUAGUGACAUGUGUUACAACGGAGCCUGUGUCAAUCCUUGCGUUGUAGAAGCUCCGUGUGCCAUAAGUGCUGAGUGUUACGGAGAAGGUCACCGACCUAAAUGCCGCUGUCCUGUGGCUACAACUGGAAACCCAUACGAUAAAUGUCAAGCAUCCGAAUGUGAAAUAGAUUCCGACUGUAACGAUGAUAACGUUUGCAUCAAAGGUGUUUGCCAUAACGCCUGCUCGCCCGAGGGACGUAACCAAUGUGCCUACAAUGCUAUUUGCUUUGCCAGAAACCACGCUGCAUCUUGCAAAUGUCCACCAUCACUACCAUUAGGCGACCCGCUAAGCGUAUGUGAAAAAUCAAUAGUACUCGGUGAACCAGAAUGUAGAAUGGAUGGAGACUGUCCAGGUGGGCAAGCUUGUCUUAGAGACGAAUGUCGCGAUGCUUGUGAAGAACUGAAACCAUGCGGCGAGAAAGCGCGUUGUACAGUUUCUGACAGUGUUCCUUUCCGCACUUUAAUAUGCCGCUGCCCAGAUGGUUACAUACCAGAUGAAAGAGGAUCCUGUAAACCAGCUCAACUACCACCGCUUAGCUGUUCUACGGAUGAGGAUUGUAGUGAUCAGGAGUCAUGUGUAAAUAGAAUGUGUAGAAAUCCUUGUAACUGCGGAGAAAAUGCAGAAUGCUAUAUUCGUAACCAUAGGCCCGUUUGUUCCUGCCGUGAUGGCUUUGACGGUGAUCCUUAUCGUCAGUGUCGCAUCGUUGGCUGUCGCUCUAACUCAGAAUGUGAAACACACGAAGCCUGUGUAAAUGGCAAUUGUGUCAGUCCAUGUUUGUUAAAUAGCACAUGUGGUUCUAAUGCUGAGUGUUUUGUAGAAAGGUCACAACCACUAUGUCGCUGCCGUUCUGGAUUUGAGGGUGACGCUUAUUCUGGUUGUAAUGCUAUUGAAUGCAGAUCAAAUGGUGACUGUCCGCAAGAUAAACAAUGUCGUGCUCACAGGUGUAUUAAUCCAUGCCUUACAUCAAAUCUAUGUGGAAACAAUGCUGAGUGCUUAGUUCGUAAUCAUAUAAGUGUAUGCAAAUGUAACCAAGGUUACACUGGCAGUCCUUAUAUAGAAUGCAGACUUCAAAAAACAGCAGAAUGUUAUGUAGACGCAGACUGUCCAUCAAAAUUAGCUUGUUUAUCUGCCAAAUGUGUGAAUCCAUGCACGGCAUUGCAGCCUUGUUCAACACCAGCUCAUUGUGAAGUAUCUCCCACAUUACCCGUUCGCACAAUGAUCUGUUCCUGUCCUCCAGGUUAUGUCAGUAGUGGUAAAGGCAUCUGUCGCCCAACCACUCCGAUUCUAGAAGUAGCUUGUGAGAUAGAUAAAGACUGUACGUCUAACCAUGCUUGUAUAACUUCGGUUUGUAAAAAUCCAUGCGAAUGUGGACCAAACACUGAUUGUCAAAUUAAAGAUCACAAACCAGUAUGUGCUUGUAGGCCCGGCUUUAUUGGCGAUCCACGCUCAGGAUGUUAUGAUAUUAAAUGUCAAGCUGAUAGCCAUUGCGCAGACGAUGAGACUUGUAUAAAUAACCGUUGUGUGCCCGCUUGCACAAUUGAGCCUGAUAUCUGUGGAAAAUUUGCCGAAUGCUAUGGCGUUGAACAUCGCGCUUCUUGUCGCUGCCAAAUUGGCACUAUUGGUAAUCCAGCCUUGGCAUGUUCGCCGAUCAGCUGUCGUGCAAACUCUGACUGUCCACCCCAAAAAUCAUGCAUCAACUCAAAAUGUGUGGAACCGUGCACUUCAAAUAAUUGCAAUGAACCUGCUGAAUGUCGAGUACAUCUUCACGAAGUUUAUUGUGUCUGUCCACCGGGAUACCAGAGUACUACUGAAGGCUGCAACAAAACAGAACCACUCUGUAAUAAUGACUUAGAUUGCCCACCUGGUACCGCGUGCUUAGAAAAUAAAUGCGAAAAUCCUUGCUUGAACAUAAAUCCCUGUGGCAUAAAUGCAGAAUGUAAACUUAUUGAUACAUUACCAGUAAAAACAAUGAUAUGUGAAUGUGAACCUGGUUAUAGAGGCAAUGCUCUUGUUCAAUGUACACCUUAUAAACCUCCCAUCACAAAGUGCGUACAAGGCCAAGGAGUGAACGACAACGGAGAAUGUGUUCCUUGUCUUCAAAACGAGGGUCGUAUUGUAGAUGCACGUGGUCGCUGCGUUUGUGACUUAGAUCGUGGAUUUAUGGUGCAUGGAGAUGCAUGCGUACCAGCUGGCUGUCGUGUCGACGAUGAGUGUGAUGAUUCUUCGCGCUGCGUUAACGGAAAGUGUGUGCCAGCAUGUGAAGCCGAACCAUGUGGGCUACAUGCGACUUGCGAAGCCAUCAAUCACCGUUCACGAUGCACUUGUAUAACUGGCUAUAUCGGCAAUCCAAGAGUGCACUGCAAUGCUACCUCAACACCUAACAUCACUAAUUAUAGAACAGAUUUCCCUCUACCAGAUAUGCAGGUACAUUGUCUCGCUAAUGGAGUGAGUGUAAGCCUCAAGAUUAAAGAUUUCAAUGGAGUAUUAUACGUAAAAGGCUAUAGCAAAGAUGAGCGGUGUCGUCUAGUUGUUCAUACAACUGUGAAUCAAGAAAGACCAGUAGAUUUCACUGUAUUCUUUGGUGACUGUGGAUUAGUUCAUGUCAAUGGCCUAGCAAGUUUCGUUUUAGUGAUGCAAAAACAUCCUAAACUUGUAACAUCAAACGCUAAAGCUUUCCACAUUAAGUGUAUAUAUCAAACUGGAGAGCAAAAUGUGACACUAGCUUUCAAUGUAUCUAUGUUAACAACCGCGGGCACCAUUGCAAACACUGGCCCUCCGCCUACUUGUUCUAUGAGGAUCGUCUCUCGUACUGGUGACGAGGUCAGCUCUGCAGAGAUUGGAGAAAAUUUAGUGUUGCAAGUCGAUGUUCAACCGUCCAGUAUAUACGGAGGAUUCGCUCGCAGUUGUAUUGCAAAGACUAGCGAAGUAUCAACAAACAUAGAAAAUGAGUACACGGUUACCGAUGAGGAUGGUUGUGCUACUGACGCGGCUAUCUUUGGGGAAUGGGAAAGAAGCGAAGACGGUAGUGCUUUGCGCGCUGCGUUUAACGCCUUUAAGUUCCCUAGCAGCGACAAUAUUAGAUUCCAAUGUAAUAUAAGAGUCUGUUUUGGAAAAUGUCAACCGGUUAACUGUCGCGGUUCCGACGCGUUUGGAAAGCGCCGUAAACGAGAAACGAUCGACACAGAUGGCCCGCUAUCGGGUCAACUUCGAGAGGAGGUAACAGUCGAGUCAAACGAGAUCUUUACGCUGGAGAGACGCGACCCGUCCCGGGCGGCACGGCAACGCGAUGGCUCGGGCACGGAGCCAGGUGGUACGACAGGCGGAGGCGAAGUGUGCGUUUCUGCAGCUGGACUGGCCGUAGCGCUGGCGUUAACGGCGCUGUUGGCGCUCGUAGCGGUGGCAGCAGCGGUAGCGUGUUGGUUGGUUGCGUGGCGCCGAUCGCGCCCACCACCCGCACCAUUACCGCAUCCGCCCGAUUUCCCAAACCCGCUGUUCCAGCGCUGAGCCGUCGCUCGCAGCUAGUCCAUGCCCCGCUCCUCCGCCGGCGCCGGGCGGUGUCGGCUCUUCCUCUUUCACUCACUGGUUAAUCUGUGCGUGCCGUCGGAGGACCGCCGGGCUAGGACGCCACGGGCGCUGCGGCACCGUAGCCGCAACCCUCGAGCGCUCGCGGCGUCCUGAUUAGGUUAUGUUAAUUAUAUUUUACUUUAAUAAUUAUUAACUUAGACUCGUCGCCUCCUCUGAACUAUGUGAUAAAUAAUAAAUAUUCGAAAUCACCAUAUUUUUGUAAAAUAAUUAUUGAAUCUAGAUCUU